AUGAUGAUGGCAACUGGGCCAGAGGAACUGGAGGCCCGGGAGAAGCUGUCACUAUGGGAUCGGAAGGCCGAACCGCUGGCUCCGCUCACAGAGAGACAAGUAGACUCGGUGCUGGAGAUCAAGGCGGCCGUGGAGGACCUGCCAGUCCCAGCAGAGGUGAGAGGGCACCAUGACAGCUCCAGGGCUCAGGGCUCAGGCUGGAUGUUAGUUGGUCCAGCUGGUCUCAGUGUGCAGGUCCAGGAUGCUGGCACUUUAUACUGCUAGAGCAAACACGUGUGUGACCUGUUAUGGUAAUUCAGUGUUUAUAAAGCAUUAUUGUCAGUGUUUAUAAACCAUUAUUGUCAGUGUUUAUAAAGCAUUAUUGUCAGUGUUUAUAAACCAUUAUUGUCAGUGUUUAUAGGACAGACACCAUAGGGUCACAGUCCCCCUCCUCAGAAUUAUACAUUAAACAGCAGAUUUUAGUGACCCAUGCUGAGUUUCUAUUUCCCCAUUUAGAAUAUUAAUAAAACAAUGUCUUUUUUAACAUGUACAGGUAUUUUUAUGCUCCGGGGAUGGACAGUCUGUCUGUAGUAUAAAUAUUUGUUUCAGGUUGCUUUUCCUUACUGUUAGAGCAGUCACAUACCUGGCUGUUUUUAAGAAGUGUUCAAUAUAUAUAUAUAUAUAUAUAUAUAUAUAUAUAUAUAUAUAUUAAAAUAAAAAAAUUUGGAGAGCAAUGGAAUACCUCAGGGUGCUGGGGCUGUUCAAUAACCAUAGCUUAAAUUAGUUUUCAUAUGAAGCAUGUUCCGAACAAAUAUGAAAGACUCUACUUUUCUCACAAGGCUCCUUUUAAAACUCCACAUGAAUGUGUACUUUGUUGUAUGGAGUAUUCAUGAGUAUGAAUACCGACUCUGUGAUUCCGUGAUUUAGUAAUUUUACAGACUUGCUUAUUCACUUAUAUUAUUUUUUUUCAGCUUCCGAUUGAGGAUUUAUGCAGUUUGACUUCCAGAGCAUUGACAGUCCCUUUAUCUUCAGCUGUCCCUGAAUCUACAGAUGGCAUUCUCCUGCAAGGAUUCUCUGCGCUGGGAAUGGAUGAUGACCGGAUUGAAACCGCCCAGCAAGUAAGCGUCAGAUCUCUUCUUGCAUUGUUUCCCUUAGAUGUGUAACCUGUGCAAUUAUCUGCGAUUAUCAUUCUAUGUAAACCGUAUAGAUGGAAUAUUCUUGACCCCAUCAAACUGAUAAUUUAAAGCAACUCUCCAAGCUCUAUUAAAACUUUAGUAUGCUGUAGUGGUCAUGAAACAGGAGUGCCCUGUUCCAUGUCCCAGUGAAAUUCAUCAAGCUAUUUUAGAACUUAUCUUGAGUUGCAUGCACCACAUCCAACCUUAUCUUGCAGCAGAAGCUGGAUGUCUUCAUAGGGCUAAGCCUGGCUGAUCCAGAGUUAUUCAUCCCAUUGUGGUUUGGAUCAAUAAAAAAACAUGCUACUAAUUGGAAUUUAUAUAUUCCAACUUUUAUAAUUGAAAAGAAUAUGACUUAUUGUGCCUUAGAAUUAUGUUGUCUGUAGUCCAAGGGGAGGCCAUAGACUCACUGACAGGCUUCAGUGAUCUAACAUGCAAUCUCUUUUCUUCCAGUUUUUCUCAUGGUUUGCACAGCUACAGACCAAAAUGGAUCAGGAUGAAGGUGCAAAAUACAGGUAAAUGCUUAAUUUUUUUUUAGUUAGUAAUUUAGUAUCUUAUUAAUGUAAAAUCUAAAAAAAAAAAAGUUUUACUCAUCUUGCUGUUGUGCUAUUAGAUAUAUAUCUAUCUAAGUUGUAGAAGUGAAGCUUUCACUGUAGGAAUUUACAUUGUGCUUGACUAUACAUUAUUGUUUUAUUUACUUAUCAAUUUACAUUCUUGAUAAACACAUACUUUUUGCAGAAAUAGACAACCCGGAAUGUUAAAGGGUGCAUUUUAAGUUUUAUGUGGGAAUCUAUUUUUCAGUUCCUAGUACUGUAGUGGCACAGUGUACCCUCAUGCAGUGGUACAUGCGGUUUGGUGUUUAGGGAAUGUUAAAACGUCUAGAGGCUUAGAGUGUGUGGGACAAAAGUGCUCUAUCUUGUCUGUCCAUCUAAUGUUUAGUUAAACUUUAGUGAAAAAGGGCAAUUAUGAUUUCAGGAGUGUGUAAAUAUUGAAGAAAUGUGUUUUGCUUAUGUUUUUUUUUUUUUUUUUCACCUAUACCUCCUUUAUUGAUCCCUUUAAAGAGACAUGAGAGAUUACCUCUCUGGAUUUCAGGAGCAGUGUGAUGCUAUAUUAAAUGAUGUGAACACUGCUCUGCAACAUUUGGAAUCUCUGCAGAAGCAAUACCUUUUUGUGUCUACGAAAACAGGGACGUUACACGAAGCCUGUGAACAGCUUCUAAAAGAACAGGUAUAUUUUAUUGCUCUGUCUGUCCACCUUCACUGCAGUACAAUGUGUUGUAGUAAUUCUUAUCACAUCCAAAGAGUCUCAUCUUGCACCCUAUUUCUCUAUUCUGCUGUUAUUCAGAAUGUUUAUGUUUGAGUGUAUCUUUAAUAUGUAGUUUGAAAUUUGUGUGUGCGCCAACUAUCUCUAAUUACCAAUUUCCCAUUUAUUAUUUAUGGGGUGAUAUCAAAUCUAAAGUUAUUGAAGUAAGGAACAGAUUUCAAUAAUCUGCAUAAUUUGCAUUUCCUUCAAUGUCUCUUAAAGUUAAACUUUUCUUACAUUUUACAUGUUAAAGGGAUAUUUCUAACAAGUACUAUAUCACUUCUCUUAAUGGGACACUAUAUUCACCAGAACAACUACAGCUUAAUGUCCUUGCAGGCCUUUUGAUGUAAAUACUGGCUUUUCAGAGAAAAGUCUGUGUUUACAUUGCUGCCUAGGAACAUCUCUAGUGACAGUCUCUCAGACCGCCACUGGAGGUGCUUCCUGGGUCAGUUCUGCACAAUGUUCAACACUGACGUUUAGUGUCUCCACGCUCUGUGUGGAAGCACUGAACGGUCCCCAUAGAGAUGCGUUGAUUCAAUGUAUCUCUCUGAGGAGAUGCUGAUUGGUGCAGCGCAACAGACUUCUAAUGUUCAAGAGGGUGGAGCUAGCUGCAAGGAGACCCCAUUUUGCGCUGGAAAGAGGUGUGUAAAUCACCUUUUUAACAGGGGACAAGGGUGGACCGAGGGUAUUAACAGCACUACUAGAACUAUAGUGUCAGGAAUGUGAUUUUGUGUAAUAGAUUCUGCCCUAUGGUCUUGCUGUCUGUUUCUAAGAAACUGCACCCUUUAUGUUUUCCAGUUACCGUUCCUACUACUUGAUGUCCUGUGUCAGCAUGUAAAAUGUACUAAUGCCAGGUGCCUUGUGCAUCCAAUGCAUAUCAUAGAGAAGCAAUCUAUUCUGUGUUUCCCAUAGAGACACAUUGUAUUGGUUUAUGUAUUGCAUUGUGUAUUUUUAAUGCUUCUCUAAGAAACAUUCGAUUGGCCAAAAGUAAUGCAUCAUGACUUGAUGAUUAGGCUGCACUGUGGAUUUUGUCCUGGUGCUGGUUAAAGGGACACUCCACUGCCCAAAUAAAAACAAAGAAUCUCUGUUUAGUGGAUAUACCCAAAAAUACAACAUGUGCUUUUUAUUAUGCAUUUCUUUAGUGGGGUUAUCUCUAAAAUCCUCUUGCAAAACUGCAUUUCUCUUGUCUGUAGCUUUUGCAAGCCCCUACUAACCCAGACCAGAUUUUCUGUGGCUGUCCAAUCCACAGGCUUACCAAUGCAUCUCAAAAAUAAGUCUUUGCAAGCCAGCUACUGUGGGUAAUUGCUACAUCUUACAUUUAACUCCCCAUAGCUAUCCAAACCAGGAAGUAACAGGACCUGUUUUCUGAUUAAAAGCCAGUGGUGUGUAACCAGGUUAAUUUAUAUAGGUUCCAUGUUCUAUUGAAAACUGCACUUUUAGCAAAAUGAAAAGAAAAGCGGAAACACUUCACAUAUAAAGCUUUUCAGAAAGCUAAAGUGAAGUGCUUUAGGGAUCUGGAGUGUCUCUUUUAGGUAAGUUAAACCCCCCUUUUUUUUUUACAGGGGGCUAGUAAUCUAACAGAAAUAUGGAAAAAAUUAGUGUUAGAUUGAGCUCAACUCUAAUAUUUUAUGUCUCACACAAAAAAAAUCAAAAUAAUAGUUCAGCAUUGGGUUGAGAAAAAGGGUUUGCUUUGCAUCUGUUCAUUUUGGAUUUUUUUUUAUUUUUUUUACAUGGUUUUUUUUUUUAAUUGGGUUUAUUCUGUAAACCUACAAAUACUCCAUCCCUGGAAUACUCCCCUCCCCCAGUUUGGCUAGCAUUUUACAAGUUACUACACCUCAUUGCCCUAUGAAUGCAUGCUUGUAUGAAUUCAUUCAUUAUCUUGUCAUUCUUGACGUUUUGGCAUCAGCUUGCAAGGCAUACACUGUAUAAAGAGCAGUCUCCUGCCUCCUUUUCUACCAUACCCACUUCUUUAAAUUCAUGUGUAGAGUUUUCAUAUUUGAAAUCUGUUUUAUUUUAGCUAUGUUUGAGAAAUACAGAGCCAUCUGUUGGUUUUGCACCUCAUACAUUUUCUUUGGUGUGGAUUGCUCACAGCACGCAACCUUUUUAUAUUUGUUUUAUUCUUUGUGUUUUGUAACUGCAUUUUGUUACUUUAGUACAAAAUGAAUAUUGACUAAAAUAAAUAUGCAGUGCCGUGCCUUACCUUCCUUAUACUUUCAUUCUACAGACAGGAUCUCGACCAUAGUAGAGCGAAAAAAAGUUGUCAUCUGGGUAUAAUGCAUCUAUAAUUAGUCUAACAAAGCAAGAAAUGAUUUCAUUGUAAAUUGUUAAUGUGGAUUAAUAAAGUGUAACAUCAAUACUGUUCUUUAGAUUCAGUAUUCGUUGGAUGCAUAGAAAGUGCUUAAAUUUUGUAGAUAUCCAUUAAUGUUUUUUUUAUAUUCUUAUUCCUCCCCCCCCCCCAAAAAAAAUAAUUGUUCAUUCUUUCUUUUCCUCAGUCAGAGCUUGUUGAUCUCGCUGAAAAUAUUCAACAGAAGCUUUCUUAUUUUAAUGAAUUAGAAAAUAUAAACACUGUGAGUAUGUUCAAUGAAUAUCUUUACCACAUUUACAAUCUUAAGAUAUGUCUUGAUUGUUUGACUUUUAAUGGGAAAAUGAGAACAACUUGUAGAGGGGAAGUUUUGCAUAUUAAAUAAAUAAAAUCACUAGUACACUUCAACUAGAUGUGAUCCAUUCUACCUUAAAAGAUGAGAUAUUCUGUGCACUUCUGCAACAUACACUAAUUCAUUGUCUUGGAGAGUGAUGGCCAAUUUUGCCACCCCAGAUUUUUGUGAACAUUUUGUUCCAUGGUUCCAGAAAGACUGGGUGAGCAUCAUAAGGAAUUAAAUGGACAGUCUUCACAUUAUAGGGGCUGUAGUGAUUAUGCUGGCUCUGGCAAUCAACCUGUUUUCUGAUGUUUUGGCCCUUAUCCAGCCUCUUUUUGUGAUGCCAUUAAUGCAAAAGUUCCUACAUUAGUGAUGCAUUCAUUGGCUAAGAGAAUCAGCUGGCAGUCUCGGCCAAUUAAUCACAUCCAAAUAUAGACAAAAAUGCUAUAUGUUAUGUGGAAAGUGAUCUUCACAAUUAUUUGUCACACUUGCUCCUGUAUUAUUUUGUGUGUGUGUGUGUGUGUAUAUAUAAUAUAUAUAUAUAUAUAUAUAUAUAUAUAUAUAUAUAUAUAUAUAUAUAUAUAUAUAUAUAUAUAUAUAUAUAAAUAAAUAAAUAAAAUAUGUGUGUUUAAUAUUUAUGCUUGAGAUCAGAAGUUGACAAAUAAUUUUACAUACUCAAAAUGUAUGAUGUGAGUGUAGUCCAAAAUAGUAUCUUCAGUAGAAUUACUGCUUAGAUGGUGAACCAUUUAUAGUCAGCAGCUACCUGGGGUUUGUCAAUUGUUCCUUUUUGGUGAAAGGAAAUAGUGUUUUAAAAUAUAUUUUAAUACAUGUGCUACUUAUACUUCAGUUCCUUAAUGGAACACAGAAGUAGAACACAUAAAUGAAAUGCAGAUCUAAUGUUUACAACAACAAAAGGGACACUGUAAAUAGUAUUCAUUGUCUGAGAGCUGUCAGCUGACAUUCAACCUAUGGAUACUAACACAACAAUAUAAGCGUAAAACUGUUCCUGCUAAGAGUCCCUGAUGAAGCCAAGGCAGCAUAAACACUACAAUGCCCUAUAGUGGCAACGAUCACUAGAGUUCAUAGUCUUCUUAUUAAUUAUUGAGUUUUUCUAUUUGCUCUAGUGAACUAAUGUUCAUUCUCUUAUUUAAUCACUUAACGCAUGCUUGAAUUUAAAUGGCAGAAGUUAAAUAACAGAAAUACAGAACUUUCUUAUCUUGGAAAUUGAAGGGCUGUUUUUAAUUUUUUUAUAUUGAUAAAGUGCACUGUAAUUGUAUAGUACUAAAAAAAGUUAACACAAGUUAUGGUUGAUUUUUAAUUUUAGUCAGUGGUGUACAUUCCAGAGACGUGACAGUUCCCCUUUAACAUGCACAAUAAUAAAUGUGUUUUUAGCAAGCAGAAUAUGCAUAUACAUGGAUUUACUUUAUUAUGUUUCCUGAACUAAUUUCUUGAUCUUGUUUGUGAAAUUGAGUGAACCCUGUUCUUUUUUUUUUUCCAGAAAUUAAAUUCUCCUACGUUAUCUGUAAAUAGCGAAGGUUUUAUUCCUAUGCUUGCAAAGUUGGAUGACUGCAUUUUUUAUAUUUCAUCACACGUGAGUGGAGUUUUCAUAUUUUUUGUACUACUUUAUUCUCUCUCUGUGUCAAUAUAUAAUAUAAGAUUUUUAUUAUUUAAUUAUUGGUGGGGUUGGUAAAAUAAGUAAUUGUCCAGUAUUUAUAUUGGCUUGGUUACCUUGAGGCAAAGACCUUAUUCAACUGAUAUGCAUUUAGGAACAUAUAUUUAAAGAAUGAGUCUAGUACAAACAGUAAUGAGCAUGUUCCACUAUUGCGCAUUUAGGGCAACUAGAACAUUUUGAGACAUGAUCAUAAACUGAAAAGGAAAAAAAUGCACUACAAAAUUACUAUUACUAAUUUUUGUGUUUUAAGUCUGUGGCAGUAGUAAUCAAAAAGUCGUUUAUAGGGUUAUUCACUAGAGUGAGAAUUGCUGGGAAUUCAAAGUGAAUUUCAAAAUUUAGGGCAAAAUUAAAAAAAUAAAAACACAUCUCAGGGUCUGUAAUACUUUUAUUUUUUUCUAUUGUGGCCAUAAAUUUUUAAUUCACUUAAAAUUCCCCACAAUUCUUAAUUUAGUGAAUAACCAUGAUAAUGUGAUCAUUGUGCAAGUAUUUAUAUUUUUUUACAUUUUUAAAUUGCUGUUUUAAACCUAUUAAUCUCAUGAUAAGGCCAGGUUAGUGUUUUGAAGUGGUCAUUGUGCUCGGAGUCUGCAUGUGCAGCAGUUUGCUAAGAAACGCUGCACAUUCUGAGAUAUAGUCCAUUGCUACUGGAUGUGUAACUCCACCUCUUGCAGUGUCUUUCGGGUGUCAUUAGCAAGCACAAAACAAGAGUGCCAGGCUGGCUAAUAUCAAUUCUGUGCAUUCACAGUUCCAUGCACAAACGCUCAUUCAUUGGCCGAGCGAUGAGCCAAUGAAUGAGCAGCAGAAUUGGCAUCUGACUUCUGUAGCUCUGCAGAGAUGCCACAAGACUUUGUGUGAACAAGGUAAGAGGCAAACGGUUUGCCCCAUUGCUGAAGAACGCCAUCAGGGUCCUCCUAACAUCAUAACCACUACAGCUGGCUAUAAGGGUAAUGAUGCUUGGAGUGUCCAUUUUUAAAGGACCACUCUAGGCACCCAGACCACUUCAGCUUAAUGUUAUGUUUAUGAAUAGGUUAAGCCUUUCCCUAUUUCCUCUAGUGGCUGUCUCAUUGACAGCCGCUAGAGGCGCUUGCGUGCUUCUCACUGUGAUUUUCACAGUGAGAGCACGCCAGCGUCCAUAGGAAAGCAUUAUGAAUGCUUUUCUAUGUGACCGGCUGAAUGCGCGCGCAGCCAGCCGACUGGGAGGAGAAGAGGAGGAUCGGAGGAGGAGCUCUCCGCCCAGCGCUGGAAAAAGGUAAGUUUUAACCCCUUUCCCCUUUCCAGAGCCGGGCGGGAGGGGGACCCUGAGGGUGGGGGCACCCUCAGGGCACUAUAGUGCCAGGAAAACGAGUAUGUUUUCCUGGCACUAUAGUGGUCCUUUAAUUAUAGAACAGUUAUAUACUAAUUAAUCAUAGUAUACAGUGAUUAGAACGCUUUAAUCUUUAUAAUUAUUUUUGUAAUUGGAGCUGGUUAGUACUCUUUCCAAUAUUUCUUGGCCAGUACCUAUUGUGCUCUGGCUGAAUUUCUAACUUUGUCCACAAUUCUGUGAAUCCUUGACAAUAACAGAAGCACAUUUGUGUAAUUUAUUUAAAUUUUGUGGCCAUGAUUAUGCCUUCACACAUAAUAAAGUUUAUUUAUUUUUUUGUAUACAUUUAUAUUGAUUUAUUAAUAAUGUUGUUAUGCUGAGAACAAAACAAGGAAAGUCUGCCUGUAGUAGUCAAUUUGUUUCCUAAACCAGAGCAUGUGUGAAUAUAAAUGGUACACUUGUAAGCAUUUUGUUUGUAAUUUCUUCAGCCUAGUUAUAAAGAUUAUCCUGUGUACCUGGCAAAGUUCAAACAAUGUCUUUCCAAAGCUAUGCAACUUAUGAAGACCUACACUGUGAACACUCUGCAGAACCUCACCAACCAGCUCAUUAAAAGGGUGAGUUCCAGUCUCCCAUGUCUGAAUGCUGUAAAUGUGUCUCGUGUUUUGGAAACCACUGUCUAGUGCAAUCUGAUAUCAUAAACGUUUUAACCAAUGAAAGGUUUUGAAGGGAGAAUGGUAUAAAGUAAUGUGGUAUGAUGAGCUAGAAUAGUUAUUUUAAAUGAUUAUUUGGUGAGUUUUCUUAGUGAGCAGUAUUUUUAUGAUAUAGGUUGGUCAGCGUUACAUUAAAGCUACUUUGGAGAUAGGCAGGAGCCUAGUGCAGCAUUGUCUAUAGAUCCAUUUAAUUUGUAAAUUUUUUUUAAAUAGCAUACAUAGCACAGAUAAACCCACAGAGUGUUUUUGUACAGUAAUAGAGUAUGUUUAAAAGAAAAAUCACAUAAGCAUCUUUUUAAAAUGGGCAACGUUUCUGAAUAUCAUUGUGUGUGAACACAUUAUUUACAGCUUCCUGUCUUUUGCUGGCUCCGACCUGCUCACAGCUCCUUUAUAUAUUAGAGGGGUGGGAGUGAGAUCUAGGCUACUAUCUUUGGUGAGCUAAUGGGGACCGUGUCCCCAGAGACAGAACGGUCUUUCCUUCUUCCAUGCUCCCUCUUGUAAGUCAGACAGAGAAUGCUAUGUUACAUUGUCAUUUCUCAGUACCAUUUGUGUUUAGUAUAGCCUGGUGGAGAGGGAGCAGGAUAGACAUGUCAAAAUUAGACUACAGAUUUCAAGUUCCCCUUACAAGAUCAACAAAUGAAGAUGGGUUUUCACAUCUUCAGGUCACAGCCUUCCUGCUAGUUGCAUACAUACACUCCUCCAAGAAUAAAGCCCAAAUUGCAAAACAUAUCUAGAAAACAGGAUUUCUGUAACUUCCAUAGCUUUGCAGCUUAUUGUGUGAUUUAGACUCUUUAGGCAAAUGUUUCAGAUGUAAUUACAUUCUUUUUAUUAUUCUAUCUAUUUCAGCACGAUUUACCAAAUGCUCCCAAUUCAGACAAUGCCUUUACUUUGUUUUAUGUUAAAUUUCGAGCAGCGGCCCCAAAGGUCAGAGUAAGUAUUGUCAAACUCCUUUUUUGUAAUUUUGUAAUUUAUUGACCUAAUCAUUCAGUGAUGGGCAUAGUCUGUUCGGUGUUAGACGAAGUAUAAUCACUCUGUGAUAGGCGUCAUAAUUAUGCAGAUUGUCACCUUUCUGGCCAGUCCAGUACAUUGCAGAUCAUCAGGGUUUCCCAAACUUUUAUAGGCCGAGACCCACUUUUGAAAACUGUAAUUUUUCGCUUAAGAGGCAUACAAUUUGCACACCAUGGCAAUCAGCUUUAGAGGCAUAUAAUUGGCACACCAUGGCAAUCGGCUUUAGAGGCAUACAAUUGGCAUACAAUUGGCACACCAUGGCAAUUAGUUUUAGAGGAAUACAAUUGGCACACCAUGGCAAUCAGAUUUACAGACAGACAAUUGGAACAUCAAGGCUGCUUUAGAUGUUGGCACAUCAUGGCAAUCAGUUUUAGAUGCAUAAACGUGGCACACCAUGGCAAUCAGUUUGAGGUAUACAAUUGGAACUGCAUGGCAAUCCGCUUUAGAUGCAUAAACUUGGCACAUCAUGGCGACUUUAAAUGCAUAAACCUGGCACAUCAUGGCAACGUUAAAUGCACAAACUUGGCACACCAUUGUGAUUGUCUUUAGAUGCAUAAACUUGGCACAUCAUGGCAAUCCGCUUUAGAAGCAUAUAAUUGGCACACUACGGCAAACAGUCCUAGAUGUAUAAAGUUGGCACAUCAUGGCAGCUUUAGAUGCAUACAAUUGGCACAUCAUGGCAGUUUUAGAGGCAGAAACUUUGCAUAUAAUGGCAAUCUGUUUUAGAGGCAUACAACUGCUCACUCACCGAAUCUGUCACAAUCAGUAGUGCUGUGUCCCGCUCUUUCAUCCACGCAACUCACGUUGAUUGUCCCAGUGGUGGAACUAAUGUAGAGAGGACUCUGGUGCAAGUAUGUUUUAAGGCCCCCCUUUAGUGCAAGUGUGGACAAAAUGUAGAUGCCCAUCUGUCGGAGAACUUUAACAAUGCUAUGCCAGCUGGGGAUCUACCAUUUGCCCAUCGUUGCAGGGUUGAAUUUUUGAGCAGUGUUUGGGCGUUUGAAUGUAAGCAUGUUUUUGUAUUAAGUAUAUGUGUGCAUGUAUGGGUGUAUUUGUAUGUACUGUUUCCAUUGGAAUGUGGUGGUGUUCUUGUGUGUAAUGUUUGCAUGUGAAUGCAGGGGUAUUUGUAUGUAGUGUAUGACUUUAAAUGCAGGUGUGCUUUUUGUGUGUAGUGUUGGUGUUUGAAUGAAGGGGUGUUUGUAUAUAACUUUAGUGUUUUAAUACAGGGGUGUGUUUGUAUGUAAUAUUUGUGUUUGAUUGCAGUGCGUGUGUAGUGGAUGCAGUGUAUGUAUUGUGUAUAUAAAAUAUACACAAUGUGUUUUUGAAUGUAAGCAUGUUUUUGUAUGGAGUAUGUGUGUGACUGUUGGUGUUUUAAAGCAGGUGUGCAUUUGUGUGCAGUGUUUACAUUUCCACGCACAAGACAUAUACAUAUACACACAUACACACACUGACACAGCGAUACACACAGACUGUGUCCUACCUUUAUUUUUAAUAUAAUAAAUUCCUUGGUGGUCUGGUGGGCUAUGCUCUGGGAGCUCGCCAGUCAUCUAUCACACAGAGCGCAGGUCGUGGGCACUCUCUCGGGCAGAAUGAUGGAGGGAACCAGCGGCAUAGAGGGCAAGCUGCCGGGUCCCCUCCUAGUUUCGGGCCCGCAGUCACGGGCCAAGAUCUUGACUAAUCAGUCUGCCUGACAGUCACAUAGCCGGCGGCCCUGAAGGCGCGACCCACUGGGAAUCAGCAGACGACCCUCACUUUGGGAAACCCUGCAGUAGAUUAUUCACUGUCUCCGCUCCCUGCCUCCAGCUGACCUCACCUUGGGUGGAAGCACAGGGAGGGGUGAUGUGAGGGUGCAAUAUCGAAAUAGGUAGUAUGGGAUUUUGUCAGAAUUGUUUCCACUUGCUUUAGUACUCAAGGGGAACAUAUUGGCAAAAUAUCUAUCGUUAAAGUAAUACUGUUAAUUGUAUCUAUUGCUCUUCAGUUACUACAUAUCAGUUUUAUACCUUAUUGAGGAAAUAUUUUUCUCCUUGUUUAGACACUGAUAGAGCAAAUGGAACAACGAGCUGAGAAGAUACCAGAGUGAGUAUUGGUGUCAAUAUUUUUAUGUGGAUAGAAAUAUUAUCCAUUUAAAUAAUUGUGGAUGUGAGUACCUGCUGUCGUGCAUGCUUCUUAGGUUUGCCAUAACUUUAAUGGUAUUCACAUUUGGAUUUUUAUUUAUUUACUUUUAGGUAAUUAGAGAUUGUUGUUUUGUUUCUCUUUUUCUGUUGGAUUAUUUUGAGUCUGUAAGAAGCCGGCCUUAAGCAAGGUGCAUAGCCAGAUACAGAGACUUUAUUUCUUCAUAUUGAGUGAUGUGGUCUGCUGCAUGCCGAUUCCCACUCCACUCGAUCUAUUUGUUGUUUGUUCAUGGCUACAGAUACAAGUUGCAGCCUGCAACAUGAUGGAUCUCCUCUCUAAUUUGUCCUCUUCCUUUUCUCAUCCCUUAUCAUAAGUAGGAAUAGUGGUACAGAUAGGAGCUGCAGGCUGCUACAUGAUGUCUGCUGUCCACUUGCAUCUUUUGUCUUUCGACAACAUGACAAGACACCACCUCAUUGUUUCCACGUUCUGCAUUUGUCAAUUGGCAACUAAAAUCACCUUUAGACCCUUUGAGAGAGACCAUUUUUAAUCACCUGACAUAAGCUGAUUAUUUAUCAUAAGGACAAAUUAAUCACCGUGUUUUUAACUGAUUUUUUAACAAACAUCACCGUUGUAGUAGGCUCACAUAUUAUACAUCUCAUAUUAUUUAAAAAAAAAAAAAAAAAGCGGAAACGUGGAUACCUGUGAUUGUUAGUGUUGUUUAAAGAGCAGGUAAUUUCAUUUUAGUUUACUUUUUCAGCUACCAGCAGCUUCUAGAUGAAAUCCAUCAGUGCUACCUGGAUCAGCGAGAGAAUUUGUUGAGUCCGAGUAUCACUACCACAAUAACGGAGCUGACCAGCCAGAACACCCGGGAUCAUUGUGCUUUGGUAAUACUCUGUACAUCUGUUAUCUGUUCAAUGCUCUUUAUUACAAACCGUUAAACAGUGUAGCAUAAAAAGACCAAAACCUCAAAAGGAGUUACAUGUGCUUUUAUCAUUCAUUGACUUGCUUAUGUGAAGCUCUGGGGUUCCAAGCUGCAUAUUUGGUUUGAUUUAACAGCAUUUGUUUUGGAUAACAAAGCCCCUUUGUGGUAAGCAAUUUCUUAUAUAUAUACACACACACACACACACAUAUUUUUUUAUUAUUAUUAUUAUUAUUAUUUUUUUAAUUCUUUUUGAGUAUUUUUUAGAUUACGAAAAGAUAUACGGUAUCCUUUAAAAGUUUACAGAAAGUCAAAAACAAAACCCAACGUUGCAAUAAUUACCGCAGAUGCUGUUUUGUUGAAGAAUCAUAUUUUAAAAAUCCCUCCGUAUCAUUCUAACAUUCAGCCACUUCGUUGUCGCUGCAUUACCUUCAUUUGGAGUUCUGCACAACAAGUGCUUAUGGGAUCAAUACAGAUACAACGACAGUCCCUUAGCAAAACACCCGUUUUAAUAAUGGUUUCCCUGGUAAUCCACACAUAGAAAUAUACAAUCUUAAACAAUCUGAGGGCACUUGCAUGCUUAGUCCAUCAAUAUGGUAGCAGCAUUGUUUUAGACCUGACUGGAUCCUUUCUCUAAACCGACUAUUUGUAUUUUUUUAGUUUUAAAAUGUUGAGUCAUGUCCAAAACCUGUCCCCCUCCCCCUCCUCUUUGCACUGGCGGGAUUCAUCCCGGUCCUCACUGUGCGGACCUACAACUCCUGCAGCGACCGUCCGCUCUCCCCUACAGGGAAAGGACUUGGAGUACUCAAGCUUCCAAGUCAAUGGCUCCAUGGUGCUGGCUUUACUUCUGGCAUGGGGUAUCGGCGUUGUCCUGCUUCAAUACCGCAGAGAAGCUACCACCAGCGACCCCUUGGUUCCUUACACUUACCCUCCAAGCGAGAAAAACGACUGAACCAGGACUCUCCAUUGUGUCAAGCCCCUACUGCCCACAUGAACCACCUUGGCUCUCUUAGGUGGCAGCCCUCAACUCCCAUUCUAAGGCCAGAUGCACAAUCCAGAUAUGCUAUAUCUUGUUCUUUUAUUUUAAAAUCUAUUUUAAUCCUCCCCUCCAGUUCAUUUUGUGCUGUGAGUGAUGGGGUGUUGGGAUAGCCACAGUGGAUCCAUCUCACGCAUUUCCACCGCCGAACUGUUUUACUAUAGUUUAUUCCUGUUACACGUACACCUAGUGCUUAGGUUUAUCUUUCUUGUUUAGCAAAAGCUAUGCACAUCAUAGUUAAGUCCUGCAUUAACAGUUAGUCAUGCAAGCAGAACUCGUUUUUUACAUUUUUUUUUUUUUUUAAAGAUUCUACUACUGACUUAGCAGUCAGCCUGUAUAGUGUGGUUUUGUACUAUUCAGUAUUCCUAUUAACUGACAACUUCAGUAGAAGCAUGUUUCAUACACUUCCAAUAUUCUAUAGGGCUAUGUGUAGCAACGUUCAUAUGAAUCCUAACUAGGUUUGCAUAACCCACCAUAGCCUCUUUAGACUUAGCUUGUUCCUAUAUUCCUGUAUUAAAUUAUAAAAAUGUGCAAUGUUACUAUGCCAUACAAAUAUUUCUCUAUGUCUAUGGAAAAGACUGCACCAGUUGUUGUGGCACUGCAAGCAUACAUGUACAAUCGAUGCACAGCCAAAAAAAAACUUGAAAUGUGAAGUACAUUCUACAAUUCAAACUGUAAUAAGCAUGUUUAAUGUGAUAAAACUAAUAUGCAACUCACACCGCCACAAUUUCUUUAAAAUCCCUAAUUCUGUUCUUUCACCCAGGUGCGGAGCGGCUGUGCUUUCAUGGUCCAUGUAUGUCAAGAUGAGCACCAGCUUUAUAAUGAGUUUUUCACUAAACCAACACCAAAAUUGGAGUAUGUGGUAAAUUUUGUAUAUAUGCGAAAUCUAAAUAUAUAGAUACGUUGGAGACUAGGAUUUUACAACUAAAUGAGUCAGUUAAGUCAAGUUAAUGUAAUGAAAGAUAAGCUUUUCCAAAGAACAACUUUUGAGCCUUAUAUUUAAGAUAUUAGUCAUAAUUCAUAGAUUGACUGGAUUAAACAAAAAAUGUAAGUAAAAAUUUAGAGAAAUGUAGCAAGCUCGUUGCAUAGGGUUAAUGGUAGAACCCUUUCUGAAGGACGAGUGUCCAAGGAGCUCAGAUGCUGGAAAAACUGCGGUCAGUGGCACAAAAAGGCAAUGUUAAUAAUUAUAAUGAUUGUCAGGGUCCUGAGGUGGAGGAGCCCAUUUCUUUUAGGUUAGUGUGGUUCCUACAUUUAAUUAAAUUUUUCUGAUCUCAUAACACGUGUUUGCUAAAUAUAGGGAAUAGGUAAACCUAAUAUUAAACAUCUUCACACGUUACAGUUGCCUUUAAUGACACGACCCAAGAAGAAAGAUGAGAGAUGUAUGUGUUAAUUUCAUGCACAAUCCACAUACAAGUAGUUAUGGAUAUCUUGCCAGAUUUGAAAUGUUUCAUACUCUUAACAUUUGAGCCAUUUUGUCCAUGCAGCUUCUGGCAUCUUUGCUUGAUGUUCUCACAUUUACAUGAGAAUACAUAUUAAAGGGUUUCACUCAUGUACACUGUUUUGCAUGGAAGUGACAUUGAAGAUAGAUUAUUGUGGUCAUCAUGCAUUACUAUGUUGGUGACAUGAUAUAUGAAAAAAGAUAUUCAGGGUAUUUUCAAGAUAUGUUUUUAUGUAUACUACCGUUUCCUUUUUUUAAAUUUUAUUUUAAAGAUAAACUAUUUGAGGAAAUAUGCUAGAAAUCAUAAAAAUGCCUAUUUUAUUUAUUUUUUACUCCGCUUUAUGUCUGAUGUCCUCAAUUUCCUAUUGUCAUUGUGAUAACUCCACAUUAUGGUGUUAAUACAUAUAUAACAUGAACGUAGAUGGACAUAAGGUAUAGCUAGAGAUUUAUGUACUACAUCAGGAGCUCAUUGUGCCGUCUAUCCAUGUAAAAGGGGGAUACAGGUAGAAGUGAAUAAAUCCCAUAUAUCACUUUUGUAUCUCUUUGAUGGUUUUGUGAUGAUUGAUUACAUAGUACUACAUUUAUUUCAACAUUUUCAAGCUAUUCUUAUUUUUUACAGUGACCUUCUUGGGAAGCUAUGCCUUUCUUUGUAUGAUGUUCUCAGGCCGCUGAUUAUACACGUUGUCCAUUUAGAAACCUUGUCAGAACUUUGUGGCAUCCUUAAAAUUGAGAUGUUAGAAGACCACGUACAGAACAAUGGUAAUAUAUGUCACUUUCUUGUAUAUUAGCAGCUCUUCUCAAAUACUACAGAGCAUUUAGACCAGGCUGGCUAAACCAUUGGUUGGUGACCAUUAAACUUGGCAGCACAGAUGUUUGUCAUCUAUGUUUCCUGAAUCUUAACUUAGCAUUUUUGGAAUUAUAGUGCACAAACACCUGUGGUGCCCACAGUAGUCAUCACAUUGCUAGACUAACUAAGAUCCUUUAGAGCUGUGAUAAAAACACACAUCAGUUCCUAUAUUGUAGGAAUGCAUCUGAAGGAGUAUCGUGUGUAAAAUAAUCCUGCUACAUGGAUUUUCCAGUAGGUGUGGGAAAAAAACACAUUCACCACCUCUUGUCUACCUUUUUAUUUAAGGAGAAGGGCUGGAACUUUGCUACUUUGUUUCCUUGACAUUGGAAUUCAGCUACUUUGUUUCCUUGACAUUGACUAACUCGUCUGAGCUAAUGCAGAAAUAUGAUAUUCUGAUUUAUUGGUGGGUCAUGGGGAAAUAUGCUAACUCACAUCUGUGAGUGUGAUAGCAGUUAUAUCUGGACGGAAAUGUAAAAGUGCUACUAAGGUUAGCCAAGUUUGACCAAGAUUACCCAGAUGAAUGAUAUGCAUAUCUCUACGGAACCAGUUUUCUGUCUUUUUAAUUUUUUUAUUUUAAAGAAAAUGAAUCCUUCUACAGUCACAGUGGUCUCCAAAUUAAUCUGGUUUGCAUUAAGGCACAGCUUGUCAGUGAUUGCAGUAAAACACUGCAUUUAAAUAGAUACUAUAAGCACCAAAACAACUUUAGUUUUGGUGUAUAGCCCAUGUCCCUGCACUCUCACUGCUUAAUUAUUUGCCAUUUCGGAGUUAAAUCACUUUUUUUAAGCCUGUAUUUGACUUGCAAAUCAUUCCUAAACGUUAUUGCACAGUCUGUUUAAUCUAAAAUGUAUUAUCUCUUGCUUUGUUAUAAUAAACUUAUAGAGUCUGCAGGAAAAUCCUAUGUGUGAUUGAAGUUCAAUUUACAGAGCAGGAGAUAAAGUCUAAUACAAGUUAACAUCUGAUUGAAAACUAAACCAUUUUUGUCAUGCAGGCCGUGUCUGUCACAGCCAGGGGAGGUGUGGCUGGGGCGCAUGGACAGAAACCAAAGUGAUUAAUUUCCUAAAUGGCAGAGAUUUGAGCAUUGAGGCUGCAGGGGCAUGAUCUGGACACCAAAACUGCUUUAUUAAGCUAAAGCUGUAUUGAUGCUUAUAGUAUCCCUAUAAUAUUUUCUUUACGGCAUUUCUUGGACUAUGGCCUUUAACAUUUCUCUACCGCUCAAUCUAAUAUGUGUUUUCCUUUUCUGUUUUAGAGAAGGUUUGUCAUCAGGGGUCAGCCAAGUACUUAUUGUGGCACAUGACCGUAUUUAAAAUGCAUUAUUCUCUUGCUGACACCAGUGGUAGUUGCUGAGUGUCCUGAAGCAUCUCAAGUAAUGUAGUUUCCUCAUUGAUUUAUGGUAAUCUUCUUGGUGACCCUCCUGGUAGCUUUGGAGAGGCCAGGAAUGACUGCUAUGCAAAGGGCAGGAAUAAAGUUAUGGAUAGAGAUGGAGUGAGUGUAGUCCUGUCAUGAAAGGAAUAAAGAUGACAUUUUGUUGUGAUGCAUCAUGACUGACCUUCACACGAUUUUCUCCCAGUUUAUAUUUGAUACCCCUUUCCAUGCAAUUCUUGAUAUAGAGUUGCAAAACAAACCUUUUGCUUCUAUCCAAUUUGUGUAGGUGAUAUUUCUGCUAAUACUGCAGUAGAUGGUAACGUACUAGUGCUAAGUCUCCCAUGUUUAAGAUAUAUGCUCAUCUUAGAGAUUUGUUAGGCAACAGAAUUUUGGUAGCAUUUCAGAUUGUCAGAAGUCAAGAACACUGACCAUUUUUAAAAUUAAUAUUUAACAUUGUUUUCUCUUUCUCAUCCGCAUCAGUGGAACAUCUCGGUGCCUUAGCUACUGUGGUGAAGCAGAUGUUGGAAGAUGUUCAAGAGAGACUUGUGUACCGGACGCACAUAUAUAUACAGACGGACAUAUUGGGCUAUAAACCAGCUCCUGGAGAUCUUGCAUAUCCCGAGAAGCUAGAAAUGAUGGAGGUAUGGUUCUUUUAUUCUCUUGUGCUCUCCUUUAUCCUGAUUAUCUUUGCAAAACAUGAUCGACAAUAAUAUUCCCACUAAACUGUGAGUGUAUAACUCUCUUCAUUUAAAAUCUGUUGUCAUGGACUGCAGUCUCCAGGCUUCACUGUACUCUUUUGACUCAUACUUUGUGUGCUAUGAUCACUGGAGGGGAUCCUAUGGUAACAAUCAUGGGAAACAUUGCUUUUGGAAAUCAAUAUUAUUUAAGAGUCUAGGUUUUUAAGUUUAAAGAUCAUGUUGUAUUUCUUACUUAAUUUGUUAGCUGUAUUGUGAGGUUUAACAGGGAGUGUAGACUGGCAAAAGAUCUUCAAUCUACACCUCUCUAUCCAACAUUUGGGCUCCUGUCGGGCAUUGUUAUUAUUCAGAGGGGAAUUCCAGAGAAGUGACACUUUUUAAAUAAAGGGUCUCUCUUAGUACCAAAACCACUUCAGCUUGCUGACCUAGUUAUGGUGUAAAGGCCAUGUCUCUGCAGCUUUUAUCCAUUGGGUGGCUGAUCAUCCUGGUUAAGAAGCACAGUUUUGUCCAAGCUGAGCUGUCUUCCUUUUAAAUUGGUGCCUUCUUGCUGUCUUUUGUGACUUACAAAAUAGUUAAACAGAAGGAGCCUCACGUUUUAAGAUAUGUUUUCUUUAUGCGACUUAAAGAUUGUUUCAUUAAUGCUUCCUUGAGAGUAGGUUUUUAGAUCUUUAUGUUUAGAGCUGUAAAACAGUAGUUUUAUUUAAAAACAAUUUGUUUCUCUUCAAAAAAUAUGGUUUUGUACCAUUUCUUGUAUUUGUUGCAUAAUUGUUCUGUCUGAAGCUGCAAGGACAUUACUGCAAACUUGGAUGAUAAAGCGUUAUGCUGCCUGUUAUCUGUUUUUUUUUUUUUGUGUUUUUUAAUUCUUUAUUUCAAGGUAAGACACGAUGCGAUCGUCAUCACAGUAUAAUUGGAAACAAUAGUACUAAGACGGAUCCAUGUUGAUACAAGGCAUAUACACGUGUGAGCUCAUAAAAACAAACGAUAAGCACGUAUGGCAGAAUGUUACGUGUCCGCUGCUGACAUCUGUGCCUCAGCGCAGUCUCACCAAGUUUUUUAACAAGAAUAAAACAGUGCAAUAGUGGAAUCUGUUAUCUGUUUUCUAAACAGAGAAUUGAGCAGUGAGACUGCAGGAACAUAAUCUAUACAUCUCUGUCAUUGUUUGUAGCAUUUUGUGCUAAUCAUAUCCUGCUCUCUUCACUGUUCAGCAAAUUGCACAGAGUCUGAAAGAGGAACAAAAGAAAUUACAGACUGCAGAAACGUCAUUUUCUGAGGUCCCCAUUGAGGAUCCAGACUCCAGAAACCUCAUAAAAAGUGGUACGUUAUAUGUUUCAAAUAAUAUUAAUGUUGUCUUCAAUAGAUAUUGCCACAACGUUAUUAAAGAAACAUGCUACAAUCUGCCCAAUAUUCUGAGCUGUGACCUUGGUAGUUGGUGAGCAGCAGCCUGUGGCGGCGGUGAUAUAUGAACUGUGGCUGACUAAUUACUUAAGUUGCGGUUGUUUUUAGAACUUACCAGAUGCUUGAGCUGUUCCUCGUAUCUUGUUGAUGCGUGUUUGCCUGGCAUGGUAUAGUAGUGUGCAUGAAUCGUACAGAAACUCUUUCAAACACUACAGUCUGCACGACCGUGCCAUAAAGCCUGCACAGAGCUGUAUUUACUUCCUCACCUCGGUUCUGUGCUAGCAAAGUCUCUUGUGUUGGUGAGUUGCCAGAUGGCUAUGUUUUUACAGUAAUUAUAGAAAUACUUCUGGGUUCUGCAUGAAAAUCACUCCUAUUGUAGGUUGGUUUAAAUCUUGUCUUGAUGGCUGACAUAUCUGAUCGAAUAGUCAGAUUGAUUAUAACUUUAAUCUGGGUGCCCAUGAAAUCUAAUUUCGAGUGGGGGAAUGUUUUAAUACAUGUGUGAAGCAUUAAAAUGGGACAUCAUAAGCUUGGCUGUUUGGCAGCAAUAUGUUAUUGUGUAUGUUCAUUUCUAUUUCUAUGCUUAUUUCAUUGUGUAAUGUUUUAGUUUUGGGGUAUUAUGUGGGUUACAUAGCUGCUGUAACUGAUUAAAUAUUUUUAUCUAAACAAAUGUACCACUCACUCCUCAGUUAAAUAGACAUGUAGUGUGUGUGUGUGUGUGUGUGUGUGUGUAUGUGUAUAUAUAUAUAUAUAUAUAUAUAUAUAUAUAUAUAUAUAUAUAUAUAUAUAUAUAUAUAUAUAUAUAUAUAUAUAUAUAUAUAUAUAUACUACGAAUCCCUUGACUAAUAAUUGUUAAUUCCUUGGUAUGAAUGGGUUAAAUGCAACAGGAGAGGAUUACCCUUGUUUAUUUUCCAUUUCUUUUAACAUGAUUUCCAUCUUACUGUCCUCUUAAAAAUGAAAGAUGGCUUACCAGGCAGGUGUAUCAAUAUCUCUUUAAAAUGUCUCUUUAAAAGUCAUAUUUGAUGUGGCGUUUCCAUAGUAAUGGCAUUUAAACCUUUUUCACUUGAAUACCACAUGGCUGUAGAUGCUGCUUGAUGUUCUCGAGUGUUAGUUUAACAUUCUUCUAAAUGCUCCCUAUAGCUUUUACCUGUACACAAUGAUGUUGUUCAGAUGGGUACUUUAGCUUGCUCAAAAUAUAAGAUUUCCGUGUUAUUGUGUUAGUAAUGGUGGCUGUUUUAUAGUAAAUUCGUGAAAUAGUGGGAUGUAAACUUUAAAAGCCCUUAAACAGAAAAUAUUUAAUAAUUAAAAAUGUAAAAAUUUGGCCCCACGUCCCAAAAAGAGCCAUGACAAUUAGAACCACUCACUAUGUAGCUGUUCGUUGCCGUGUUUAUAGUAAAAUUGCCUUUCAGUUGUAUUAAAAAAAACAAAACAAAAAACAAUUAGUCAAAACAAUCAGUAAAAAAAGUCAAAAUAUAGUUUUGAAAAAGCAUGUAGUUUUGUGUGGAAAGUUAAAACUGAAUGAAAGUUUACACAGCUAUAACCAACAUUCUUUCUUUUCAAACUUACUGGGUUAUUUUUUUGUAACUUCUUUAAUGUUUUAUUUUUUUAAUUAUGUUUUUUGCUAUGAAACAGUAUCUGCCUCCACUGCUUUAAUCAUAGAUGAAUCAUUAAAUUAAUAACUAUGGAUGAGUGUGGCUAUUGCUAUAGCAGAGUCCUAGGAAUUCAAUGUGUUCAUUUAGAUAUGCCUUUCUCACUAAUAGUGGGAUUCAUUUUUGUACCUUAAAAAUUACGCAACUUUAGUGUCCAAAUAGCAUCAGUGUAGUUUUUACCGUACUUGUAUUGCAUUGUGCACGGAUACAUGUUAGCUUUAUGUUAUUCUUUUCUAGUAUUGUACUGAUUUAAGAUAUUUACAUGUGUGGCUGUACACUUUAUUCAUUUAUUUUACAUGUAGGUUCUUCUGAAUCUUUAACCCUAAGGACAGAAAAUACAAUUUCACCUGCAGACCUGCAUGGCAUGUGGUACCCAACAGUGAAACGGACGCUUGUCUGCCUUUCAAAGCUCUAUCGGUGUAUUGAUGUAAGUAAACACAGCAUGUCUUCUGUUAAAUAACAUGAAAACAGAAAGUUAUAAUGGUUGUUCCAUGUAGGAAAUAGAUCACAUAGCUAUUUGUGUGUUUUUUAUUCAAAUGGUCUAUGUUUCAAUUCUUCCUAAAGGAUCUGAAUGGUUUUAAGAAGGACACUUUGACUAAUAUUAUUUAACAAAAAUAAAAAAAGGUUUGCUGUUCUUAUUCUGUUUUUUUAAAAGCCAAUCAAGAAAAAAAAAAGUCAUUUAUGCAAAUGUAAUGUGACAUUAAAUUCUUGAUAUAAAUUUGGUGCUAACUAUACACAGCAGGACACAUGUACGUAUGUAUAAACAGUCUAUAACUUCCUUACAAAAAAGUAAAAAUGGCCAUGUCUAGCUUAAAACCAGUAAUCCUUUACUCUUAUUCCUAAAAUGGCAAAGUUAUGACCAAAAUGUACAAUUACACAACUUUCAAGACUAAAAACAUGUUCCCUCUAUCAAGAAAGAACACAAAUAGGAGGGUUUACAUGUUUUUAAUUUAAGAACAUAUAUUUUCAAGUAACCUUCAAAUAUUUCAAACAUUUUGUGUGUGUGCUUUUUCUUUCUUUAUGUGGAGUUUGAGAUUAUUUCAGGAGAGCCGCUAUACAUUUAAUCAAAACUUGGUGAAUUAAUAAGUAGUCAGUCCCCUUCCUCACCAUUAAGAGGCCCCACCAAUCAGGAUUCUAUAAUUCUGGUCUUCUAGGUCUUCUCACAUCCAAUAAAUCCAUGCUCAGCAGGAGUUUACAGGAUAAGUAGUUUACCCCUAGGUAUUGUUCCACUCAUCACAAAUGAUAGCAGUCAUGCUUUGGCUUCCUUCAGUUUACAAAAACCCCAGUUAAUUGAUUAAUGAGCAGGUCUGUGUGCUGUGAUUGGCAGACUCACAGACAUAAUCCAUAGAAAGAGCUAAUUCCAAGUUGUACGAAUGCUGCGCAUACUAUAUAAACAAAAUUAACACAGGCAUCCCAGAACUGAGAGUUCUGGCUGACUGCACUAGUAGGUUGGCAUUCAACUACAGAAGUAUUUACAUAAAUGCAAGCGAAAAAUUAAGUACAAAAUGUUAUAAACUUGCAUUUUCCCCAUGAGGUCUGAAGUAGAUAAUACAUGUAUACAUUAGGUAUCUGUAUUCAUAUUUCAGUCAUUUUUGCUUCCUUGAUCCCACAUACUGGAGAAAAAUGCAUUAAUGAUUUCUAGGUCACCCUAUGCCUUUCUGGAGAAAUGUAUUCACUAUCACAUAUAGGCCUUAAUUUGAGUCUGUUAAUUAUCGAUACAUUAACAGCUGUAAAUGAGCUUGUAACUAUGUUGAUUAAGCCACACUGUUUUGAUACUAAUGACACUACUUUUGAGAUUAUAAUUUUGUUGAAAAGGGGAUCCUGUACCUUUUUGUUAGAGGGACACUAUAGUCACCAGAACAACUACGGCUUAUUGUAUUUCUUCUGGUGAGUAGAGAAAUACCCUUCAGGCUUUUUGAAGCAAACACUGUUUUUUCAGAGAAAAGGCAGUGUCUACAUUACAGCCUAGUGAUUCCUUCACUGGCCACUCCUCAGAUGGCAACUAGAGGUGCUUCCUGGUGCAUUCAUUGUCACCACCCUCUGCACGGAGACACUGAACUUUCCUCAUAGAGGUGCAUUGAUUCAAUGCAUCUCUAUGGUUAGAGACGCUGAUUGGCCAGGACUGGGUUUGGCUUGUGCUGGCUCUGCCCCCGAUCUGCCUCCUUAACAGUCUAAGCCAAUCCAAUGCUUUCAUAUGGGAAAGCAUUGUGAAUGGCUCAGAACACGACUUCUGAUGAUGUCAGCCAAGAAGGGAGAUCAGGGGCAGAGCCAGAACCAGCAGACUGGAAUAAAAGUAACAUUUUACAAUAUUUAGGGGGGCAAGAGAGGUCCAGGGGGGCUAGAUGGUAUUUUUUCAAUAUUAUUGGGUCCAGAAUACAUGUUUGUGUUUCUGACCCUAUAGUGUUCAUUUAAAUUAAACAAACUCUCUGGGAACCAAAACCACAUCAUCUAAAUGAAUUAUGUGUCAGGAGGUCCCUGGCAGUUCCUUACAUAUAUGGGUUAAAGGACCACUAUAGUGCCAGGAAAACAUACUCGUUUUCCUGACACUAUAGUGCCCUGAGGGUGCCCCCACCCUCAGGGACCCCCUCCCGCCGGGCUGGAUGGUGAGGAAAGGGUUAAAUCUUACCUUUUUUUCCAGAGCCGGGGGGGAGCUCUCUGCCUACUCUCCGCUUGAAUGCGCAUGCGCGGCAGGAGCUGCGCGCGCUUUCAGCCUGUCUCAUCGGAAAGCAUUCAUAAUGCUUUCCUAUGGACGCUUGCGUCUUCUCACUGUGAUUUUCACAGUGAGAAGCACGCAAACGCCUCUAGCGGCUGUCAAUGAGACAGCCACUAGAGGCUUUAGAGGCUGAAUUAACCUUACUAUAAACAUAGCAGUUUUUCUGAAACUGCUAUGUUUAUACAUAUAUAUAUAUAUAUAUAUAUAUAUAUAUAUAUAUAUAUAUAUAUAUAUAUAUAUAUAUAUAUAUAUAUAUAUAUAUAUAUAUAUAUAUAUGUUAAUCCUAGAGGGACCUGGCACCCAGACCACUUCAUUAAGCUGAAGUGGUCUGGGUGCCUAGAGUGGUCCUUUAAACCAUUGAUGAAUGGCUUUCCCCUAAGUGUGCUGGUACGCACCCUUUUUAUAAAUGUGACAGGCCAUGCUACCUGGAUCAGAAUUAUUGAAAGUGGAUGAUGUUGUUUACAGGGACCAACGGCGCUGGAGAGCCAACUUAUUGAUAAAUAGUUUGUGAAUGAUUUAACCCCUAAUGGUAAGGAAGUGCCAGGAGCAUCAUGAAACCAUAACAACAGGGGCAUCCUUGGGUGCUUUAAAUAAUCACAGUCCUUCUGAAGAUUUGUUGAUACAUUUAAAAAAAACCCAAAAGAAAACCCCUCUGACACUAUAAAAUUAAAUUACAAAAAAACGGUUAAACCAUUGAUUGCAGAUCAUUUCCAAACAUGGGUUAGUCAGCCUAUCAAACUGGAAGUUGUUUUAUCCCAAUUUUUAAGAGAUAGAUUGUUUGUUUGUUUUCUGACUUUGGUGGCAUUACCAGCAGAAAUGUGGAAGAGCACCAAAUAAGUGUUGUGAACCACAAUAAUGGGUAUUUGAUGAAUGAAUCAUUUUACCUGUAGAUAAACCUUUCUCUUAGUAACAUAAGGUUUGUUCAUACAGUGCAAUUCAUUAAGUUUGCCGUGUGCUGCAGCAGAUUACAUUUACAUUGUUUUGUUGUAUCACCUUAAUCUAGACACUGUUCUCCUUUUCUCUCCUUUAGAGGACGGUAUUUCAGGGUUUAUCUCAGGAAGCGCUUUCAGCAUGUAUUCAGUCAUUACUGAGAGCUUGUGAUUCAAUCUCCAAAAACAAGGUCAGAUUAAUGUUUGUUAUUCUUUUUGAAAAAAAAUAAAUAAAUAAAUGCAAAUGUAUACAGUAUUUAUGUGGAAUGAAUCCUGUACUAUUUAAGCUUUAAAUGCACAUGUGUAUAUUGAACAGCAAUCCAUAACUGUUUGUGUUGAAUAAUACCCACCAUCUUUUCCUACAGCAAAAUAAUUUUUAGAAUAAUUUUAUUUAAUGUCCUUUUUUAUAUUUGUAAAAUGUGGUCUGAAAUACACUGCCAUCCUUCCUGCAAACCAAAAAAUGCUAUCUUUGAGAAUGCCAUGAUACUCAGCGUGUAUGUAUAUGUGAUAGACAAAAGGAUAAAAAAGGAUCAGCGCUAAUACACCAAACUAAAAGAUAUAUAUAUAUAUAUAUAUAUAUAUAUAUAUAUAUAUAUAUAUAUAUAUAUAUAUAUAUAUAUAUAUAUAUAUAUAUAUAUAUAUAUAUAAAAAUUAGAGUAGGCGACACACCUUAAAACAUAAGGCUCCUUGGAUGAACUGACAGCUAUUCUGUCAUUUUCAAGUAUAGCACAACUUUACUAUGCUGGGCAGUUGGAGAGGGAUGAAGAGAGGGAAACAAAUGUUGCCUUUGUGCCCUCCAUCACCCUCACUGCUUCUGAUUAGAUGAAUAGACACGAUCAUGGAAUUUGUUCUGCCCGAGAAAGGCGUCUGAAGCUGUUAGCUGCAGACUGUCAGAUGUAAAGGAUUUUUUCGCCUGUGUGAGCUGUGAGACGAAACUAAAUGCAUCAGUUGUGCCCUGCUCUUCAACACUUAUCCUGUGUAAUCACUGCUCAGCCAUUAAUCAUUCUACACUAGACUACUUGUCUUUAAAAGUCAGCCACAAAUACACAUCAUUUUAUUUUUUUAUUUUUUUUCUGUUCCUAAUUUUUAAGCAUUAAUGAACAUGUAGAUUCUGUUUUCCAACUAUUUAGUCUGGUACACUGUCCCAUCUAAUGCUGCUAGUGGUACCACUUGUUUACAUCUGGCAGAAGUCAUUCCAGGACAUGUGUCAAAAUUUUUGUAGUGGCUGUGUGAUUCACUAGCAGUUGUGGGAAACUCACUAGUCUCAUCACCCUUAGCCAGAAAUGGAUGUUGUAAUCUGCUAACAGACUGUUGCCUAUUAUAGGUGUGUGUGGUUAUGUCAGUUUCUAUAUGAAGGUUAGUUAUUUUGGACUCUAGUUUUUUAUUGAAUGCAAACUUGCAAAAGAAAAUACAUACAAAUACAUUUCUGUGGGAAAUAGAUAGAAAACUGUUGUUUGCUGUGUGAAACAGGGAUAUUAUUACCUUUUAUACUGUACAGGAGCUUUACCAUUGGUUUCCAACACUGUAUGGUUUGUAUGUGGAUAGGGUAAUGUGUAUGAAGGUGUAACACAGGGCAGAGUGUACGUUAAGCAGGUAAUCCAGCCCAUGGCAUCUUUCUAUUCCCAUUCUUUCCAUAAUAACUCAUUUGGAAAAAUUCAACAUCUCUGUUCUAGCCACCACUUUUCUAUAUUAACCUACAUUUUGCAAUUUGGAUUUGACGCGUUACUUAAUAAAACACUGUUUUAGGUUGGUGUAACCCUUGCAAGUACAGUAUCCUCAUUAAAAAAAUAAAAUAAAAAGAGCAAGAAAAAAAUAGAAGCCCGUUAACUUGUGCUGAGAAGUUCUCCCUGCAACCUGACCUGCCUUUGGUGACAUCACUCUCUCUUGCUGCAGGGUAAGGUAUGUCCCACAGACUGGGCUGAGGAAGGACUUAGAGCAGCACGGAAGGAGGGAGGCUGUGUUGCCAUUGGUUAUCUGCUGCCACUAUGCCAUGCAUGCGGAUGGUGAAUUCCUUACAAGCACAGACUCCAAAGUACCAUAACUACUUCAAAUCACUGAACUGUUCAUGGUGCUUGGAUUAACUCUUUAAAUCUCUACAAUUUAAAGUUUAGAAUUAUUUAAUUGUAUCCUCUUAAAUAUUAAUUGGGGUUUUAUCAAAACUGCUUUCCUUUUGAAAAAAGCCACCUAAUAUACAGCUCUUGAAAAAAAUUAGGAGACUACUCCAGUUGUUUCUUGUGUGUAUGGCAGCAACCUUGUUCUCCUUAAUAAGUUACUGAUUGUGUGGUCACCUGAACCAAAUCUUAUUUAAUGAGGAAAAGUAAAAAACAAAAAGCACUGCAGUGGUCAGCACUUACCUCUUGCAAUAAAACCUGCUGGAUAGCAAAAACCGUGUUAGUAGUAGAUAGGUAUCAAAAUAAGGAUUGACCUUAAGAUUUGAAAAGAAGGAUUCUGGCUUUACUAGCAGUGGGAUACGUUGAGUGUCAGGUGGCUUCCAUCAUUAAAAUUUAAAAGACUGUGGUUUAUAAGAACAAGGUAAAGCAGCAGACAUUGGGAAAAACAAAGCUACUCACCAGAAGAGGGCAAAAUGACUCCACUGACCAGGGUGACCGGCAACUAAUUUAAAUUUCACAGAAGGAUGACAUCUUUGGGUGAAGUUCUUGGCUACGAUGGUUCAAAACAUGGCUCCUAGGGCCAUGGCUAAAGUAGUGCAAAACCUAGAAAAAAAAGCCUCAUUAAUGAGAAGCAAGGCAGAUUCUGUUGAGUUGAUUGAGGGUUACAAAAGACCAGAAGGAUUAAACUGUAGAGGACAGGAGUAAAGUCAUCUUCUCUAAUGAGUCCAAAUUUUCAGCUUUACCAAACACCUAGUCAUGUAAUGGUAAGACUGAGACCUGGAGAGGCCUUCAAAUCUUGCACUCACAGUGAAAAAUUUGGAGGAAGGUCAGUAUAGAUAUGGUGGUGCUUUAGCAAGGCUGGAAUUGGAAAGAUUCAUCAUUGUGAACGACACAUGAAUCAAGCUACAUGUAAGGUUAUCUUGGAAGAAGACUUGUCUCCUAUUGCUCUGAUAAUGUUCCUCGACUCUGAGAAUUGGUUUAUCCAGCAGGGCAAUGCUCUAUGGCAUGGAUGGAGGACUACCAGAUCAAGACCCUGUCGUGGCCAGCCCAAUUUGAAACUCAUUGAAAAAUUCUGGAAUGUGAUGAUGAAGAGGAAGAUGGAUGGACAGCACGGCAAGACUCAUGAAAGUUAUUUAAAAGAGAGCUGGAUAUAUAUAUAUAUAUAUAUAUAUAUAUAUAUAUAUAUAUAUAUAUAUAUAUAUAUAUAAUCUUCCCAAGUUAAAACAAUAGUAUUGUGCUAUUUAACAAUGUAACAUGAACUUUUUUUGUGUGCAUUUUUUUCAAGUCUGGAAACACUGCAUCUUUUCUGUUAUUUUUACCAUUUAAAUACAUUCUCAAAAUGACAGUAUUUUUAUUCCGAAUUUGGAGUAAAUGUUGUCAGUAGUUAAUGAAGUGUGUGUGUAUGUAUGUUAAACAUGCAUUGCUUCUUUAUAUAGAAUAGCUUGUGAAAAUAUAUCAGUGCUAACUAUUUUUAAUUUGUUUAAUUUUGUACAGAACCCCUUGAUUUCAAUAAUUGAAUGGCAGAGGCUGAGUGCUUUAUCCUGCCAUGCUAAUUGUGAUUGUUGUCAAAGACAAAUUGCAAAAUUAUUCUGCCUGAGAGCUGACAUUUCAGCUACUAAACACUGGCAUUUUAAGUAGCUUUUUGUUGUUGCUUCCCUAAUUCUUCUAUAAAUGUGCUUUGUAUCAUGACCUUUCAACAUCUUUUGUGUUUUCUGUUUUGUUUUGUUUAGUUUAUGCCACAUUUCCUGAUGUAUUGUGGGAAAUGCACCUAACAAUAGGCAAACAGAGCUCAGUACGUCCUCACAGUUAAGGGUUAUAUAUAUAUUUAUAUUUCUUGGACACCUGACCAUUACACCAACAGAGACUUUUGUCAUUGCAUUCUAAAUACAGAAACAAUAUGUAUUUAUCCAUCCAACCCCCUUUGCAGCUAUAACAGCUUCCACUAUUCUGAUAAGGCUUCCCAUCCACUAGAGCAUUUAUGAGGUCAGGUGCUGAUGUUGGACAAGAAGGCCUGGCUCGCAAUCUCUUUUCCAGUUCAUCCCAAAUGUGUUCAAUGGAGUUGAGGUCAGGGCUCUGUGCGGGCCAGUCAGGUUCUUCCACACCAGACUCAUCUAAUCAUUCACAAUUCAUGCACAAUUCAGUCAGGCAGGUAAUGUUCUGGCAUCUGCCAAACCCAGACUCACUCAUCAGACUGCCAAACAAAGAAGCGUGAGUCGUCAGUCCACAGAACACUUUUCCACUGCUCCGGAGUCUAGUGGCUUGAUCCGACACUUAACAUUGUACUUGUUGAUGUGGGGCUUACAUACAGCUGUUCAGCCGUGGAAACCCAUUCCAUGAAUCACUUGUGCUGAUAUUAAUGCCAAUGGAAGUUUUGAACUCUUCAGCUAUAGAAUCAUUAGAACGUUGGCGACUUUUUUUUUUUUUAAUGCACCAUGCUCCUCCAUACCCGGUGACCCUGCUUUGUGACUUCACGUGGUCUUCUACUUCGUGGCCGAGUUGCUGCUGUUCCUAAACACUUCCAUUUUCCAAUAAUACCACUUACAGUUGACUGUGGAAUAUCUUGCAGGGUGAAAUUUUACAAACUGACUUAUUACAAUGGUGGCAUCCUAUCACAGUACCAUGCUUGAAUUCACUGAGCUCUUCAGAAUGACCAUUAUUAUUUUUUAAAAUUUUAAAUGUUUAUAAAGGCCGACUGUGUUUGUAGAUGCUUGAUUGUUUUUAUACCUGUGGCAAUGGGACUGAUUGAAACACCAGAGAUCAUUAUUUAAGAGGAGUCUCCCAAUACAUUUUGUCUGUAUAGUGGAUAUACUAAUUGUCACAGUUAAUUCCUCAUGUUAACAUUUUUGUCCCUGUAUACUUGUUUAGGUAUUAUACAGUGUUACCACAUAUAUUUGAGCCUAUGAGAUUAAGAUGGAAGAAUUUGAAUGUUGUUUUUCUUUCUCUUUUAGACUCAUGUUGAUGGACAACUCUUUCUCAUCAAACAUCUUCUGAUCCUCCGUGAGCAAAUUGCUCCUUUUCACACUGAAUUCACCAUUAAAGAAAUUUCCUUGGACCUCAAGCGAACAAGAGGUAUUACUGAAUGGUGGCUGAGGGAGCUGUAUAGGGUUAGCCUAUCUCGCUCUGGUCAUCUACCUGACAUUUCUUUGGAUUUAUUUCAUGUUCACCUGCAAUACAAUGCAUGAAGAUACCCUAUCUGUGCAUGCUUGCUAAUUUGAUCUAAAGAGCUACAACUUUAAAAGGAUGGAUCACCAGUAAUAAUGACAUUUUAACAUUGUGUAUUUUAUUCACAUUACUUAUUAUUCCUUUUAAUUGCCUUAGAUUCAGGUUUUGCUGCUUACAUAGCAAACCUUAAUAAGGAAAAGUGCAAACAAAGUUUUUACACGGCUACUUAUUAAUGACCUGUCUUAACAAACAAAUAAGAGGAUUUAGUUACAUCAUAUGGUGAUACCGUGUUUAGCGCACCACUAGUAUACAGUACUCCAAUAUUGGGGGGUCCUACACUAAUUUUAACAUGGUAGAUAAACAUGCUGCUUAAACUGCUUCCAGAAACUCAUCUAACCUAGCAAAACUGGUCUGCUUGGCAAGUCUGCGUUUUCUAAUUAUAUUUUUGUGUCCACAUUACAUUGUUGUGCAUAAAUAUAGAUACCUGGUGAGCCGUUCGAUUUAGAAUAGUUUAGAACAUGGAUCUCUUGAUGCCAAAGCAGCAUGUGUUUUUGAGAUGGGGAUAUUAUUAGUUAGAACAUAAGUGUUUAGAUUCAAUGAGAAUGAUUCAUCGUUUCAAUCCUAUGAACCAUACUUACAGAUCAUACACGAUCAGAACUGCCUCUUUUUUUUUAAUUUUAUUUUUUUUAAUCCUUAGCUACACAGAACGUGCUCAGUUAGUAUCACAAAAUAAAUGGCAUAUUCAUUAUAAUACAAUUCAUAAAGCAUGUUUGUAAAGGGUUACUCCAGCCAAAGCCCAGUUUUUUAUGAAAAGCGCAGAGGGCAAGUUGUCCCUCCUCCUCCUUUGACGCCACACCCUCUUGCCAGAGUCAAGCCAGGGAGGACAAACUGAGCGCAGCACAUGGACGACACAGAUGGAUGGAGCUGUGCUGCCAUUGACUUUCUUGUGCCAGUGUGCUGUGCAUGUUGGUGUUAGAUGCCAAUUUUGUACAGAAUGAAACUCUUGUUUCGGGAUGGCUAAAGGCACCCAAUGUUGCUGUCAGAGAUGCAGACAGCAGUGAAAUUAAUCCCUAUAUAUACAGCACACAGACUUCAGGCACCAUAACCCCUUCAAGUCACUGAAGUGGUCAUGGUGCUUGGAGUAACGGUUUAAAUGGUAUGUUGAUAUUGUUAAAGGGAUUCUAUAGUGCCAGGAAAACAAAGCCGUUUUCCUGGCACUAUAGGUUCCUACAGUGCCCCCCUCCCGCGGCACUGAAGGGGUUAAAACGCCUUCAGUCGCUUACCUGAAUCCAGCGGUGAUGUCCCUCGGUGCUGGGUCAGGCUCUGCCCACGCUCCUCUCCCGCUGGCUGACGUCUGAGAUCUAAUGCGCAUACUUGGCAAAGGCCGCACUCUCAUUAGGCUUUCCCCAUAGGAUUCCGGUGACACUGGAAGUCCUCAUGCUAAGGACCAAAAGUCGUCUAAGCACCGGGAAGUCCCUCAUGUGGCUGACUGGUAGACAGCCACUAGAGGAUGAGUUUACCCUAGCAGGUAAUUAUUGCAGUUACUCAUAAACUGCAAUAAUUACCACUGUAGGGGUAAGGGACAUGGGACAUAGCACCCAGACUACAUCAAUUACCUGAAGUGCCCUGUCUGCCUACAGUCUCCCUUUAAUAAGGCCAUAUCGGCCAUACCCUCUUACUUGAUGUUUGGAGACUUCAGAGCUCCUGAUUCUGUAAAGACAUCUCUAUCCCUAAUGCUAUAUGAAUAAGAAUAUGAUAUGUGUAUAUUAUGUGUAUACUGGCUUGGUACAUUUAUACUGUUGAAUGCUGUGCAUUUAAUAGUGCACUUCAAAAGCCGGUCUGUCAAUGUUCACUGAAAGAAAAGUAGCCCAUAUGUAAAUAGUUGUGAAUGCUUUUUAUGCAUGCAAUACGAACUAAUUGUGUGAAGUCUCUCUCCUAGCAUUAUUACUCGUAAUGUGUAUUGGCAGAAAUGUUCUUUACUAACAAAAUGUUUUUGUUUUUAAUCCAUUGAUAGAUUGCUGCUAAAGACCAGGGCAAUCUUGCUACUUCGCCUUAAAAAAAUAAAUAAAAAAAAUUAUACAUAUAUAUUUUUUUCUCACAUUUGUGGAAAAUUAUAUCUACACCCACAUACAAUGGAAUUUUUUUUUUGUUUUGUCUAUAAAGUUAUAGAAUUCAAAGUCUGUAAUUCCUGUUUCUCUUAAAAGAGCAGAUAAUAUAUGUAGAUUCGUUUGUGCACAGGGUAAAUGAAUUAACUGCUUGCUUGCAUGUGUAUACAAACUACCAGCAACCACAACUAGAGCUCUAUCACUUUUCUCAUCACACUCUUUCUGCUCAACAAAUAUUAUCAGUCUCAUUGCAUUUGAACAUAUCUGAAACCAAAGUAGUAAUACUUGUGUUUGUGGUCAGUAGGUAAAUAUGUCCUUUCUGGUGUUUUUAGUUGACUGACAGGAGAAAUUUCUCAGAUAUUUGCCAAAUGAGUAAAUUUCUUCUGUCAGCCAACAUAUAAUGAAAAGGUAAGUGAUUUCAACUUCACUCGUAACCUGGUAAGUGAUCAUACCUAUGAUGACUGGCUUUCUGUUGUGAUAGUGUUACAAUUUUAUAUAUUUACCACAUUCUAACCACUAAAAGAAAUUUUUUUAUUUAUUUUUUGAGCGGCGUCAUAGUUACACCCUCAUUUUAUAUAAUUAUUGUUGUGCAUUUUUCCAGACAGCAUUUAAAGCAGAAUUUUCAUUAUUUAUUUACUUACUUUUUUUAUUAUUGGGGGAGGGCGGAAGGGGGUUCUUGUGUCUGACCAUUCUGGCUUUUUUUCCUUGUUUCCCAAUGUGUUAUAUUAUUUUCUCUACGUAUUAUUCAGGUAAAGUAGACCCUGCUCCAUAUUAUGUAGCUGUCCCACUAAAACUGAAUGCCCUAAAUAUAAAAAUAAAUUAUCUCCUAUUGGACAGACCCUCCACCAUUGCCAGUACUUCCUACAUGGAACAUCAUGAUUAGUUGUCCUUAUACAGCUCUCAAGUUAUACAGUACAGGCAGCUGGAUAACUUUCUAAGAGUAUUAGGAAGAUGACAAUUUUAAGAAUCUUUUAUUUGCAGUAUUUAAUUGGCAAAUACUUGAACAUGUGACAGAGGAAAACAAAAAGCACAAUUUAUCGGCUCAGUUAAUGGAAUGCAUUUAAUAUGAAACAGAUCCCUUCUAAUAAUGCUAUACAGUAAAAAUCCCUAUGUGCCACUUUCAUACUGAUAUCAUUGGAACAAAUUAAUUUGCCAGGAAAUUGACUUUUCCCUCAAGCCAUCCUUUUCAUUGAGAAUCGUUCAAAACACUUGAGUCAGCCUAGGUGAAACAUGCUAUAUAUCAUAUGAGAGCUAUUUAGAACGAACGUAAAUAAACCCCAAUGACGUACAAUCUUCUGCAAUUCUAAGGGUACAAUUGGGUAUCCCAAAUUGUAGUGUGACCUACAACGUAACACUAUAAGGGACAACAAAAAUAAAAACAUUCUGUAGAACAUCCAGUCUUUAAUAGAACCGGGAUGACAUUUUAGUCAUGUGAUUUAUUCACUAUACUCUGAAUUAUAGCAAGUUGAAAUCUGAAUGGUAACAUUUAGGUGUAAAAUAGCCAAUUUGUGACUGCAGUUAAUAAAGGCGGAUAAUGCAUUCAGUGUUGAAAGUAACAAUAGUGCCUUAACCAGGAAAUCUGAUCACUGGCUAUGGAGCCCUGGAUGAAAACAUCUUGAUUAAAGUAUUGAAAUAAUUAUAAAUAUUUUUGCUUUAUUUAAAUUAUUUUUUUGGGGGGGGAUGGGGGUUUCCCUCUUUUUUUUUUUUUUGCUUUACUUAGUCAUUCCCAUAGGUGUGCAUUACAUAUUUCACAGUACUUUGCAAUGACGACAGAUCACAGUGAAUGGACGAUCACAAGUACGCACCAGUGGGAAUUGGAUUUGGACUCCGCGUUGGAUCUAGGAGAUACCAUUUUAUUUUCUCUCCUUCAGGGUUUCUGAUACUUCUUUAGUGGGUGUAUGUGUAAUUCUGAUUAAAAUCCUUCUUAUUUCUUUAUCAACAAAGCUGAGCUUAGUUGAAUGAGAGCCAGCUAUAAUAAAUUGGUGCAUUUAAAGUGAACAUUUUAUAAUGCUUCAUAGUUAGCAGUUUAUCAUGACACCAAAUGUGAAACUGAAAAGUUUGGUAAAAGAUGGUGCCACAAGAUGACUCUGUUAUACGAAUCAACAAUUCACCCCCAAUCAUUAUAUAUAUUGAAACAUAUGUUGAGUACACUGAAUAAUUGAAAGGAAUGCACAAACCCUCUUUUUAAAUAAUUGUAGUAUGGUUUCUAAUAAAAAAUAAUAAUGAAACUUUAAAUCCGCUGCAGAGGCUCGUGGGUUUGUCAGUGCAUAGAAGACUUAAAUCGUUCCUCCAAGCCUUUUAUACAAUUUUUUUGUUUGUUAUUUACUGUAUAAUGCUCUAUUGGGCACUUGUAACUGCCUUCCCCCCACCUUGUUUUUUUUUUUUUAAUUCUUAUAAAAACCAUGUUAAAGUCAUAACUUUACUUUAAUCCUGCUCUGGAUAACAUUCUCCCCAAUCCUUCCAUGCCCCACCUGUGUUGUCACAUUGCAUCACUGCUUCCCUCUUCGUGGUACAUUUAAAUAAUUCUCAUAAAGGCAUUUGGUUGGACUGGUCUUAGAAACUCAGAGACAAGGAUUGGAGGGAGGGAGUGUGGAGUGUACAAAAAAUGAGUUUUAAAAGGCACGAAGAAGGAAGGGGACACAUUUUACUAUAAACAAACAGUCUUCUACUUUGCAGGCGAACUCACAGCUCUUCCUUUAAUGGUGGAAGCUAAUUAGGUCCGUUGCCUGUGCACAAGGUGUGCUAACAAUAGUCUUAUUUUUUUUGCAUAGGAUUCACAUUAGGCAGUGCUGAAUAGAGUUCCAGGCUGCCUAAGUCACAUAUGCUGGGGGUGGAAUUAGACCUUGGCACAAAAUUGCAGAAAAAUCUUUAUAGGCUGUGUUUCAAAUUUACGUCCUAAAAGCAGAGGUGGUCAUAAAGCAUGGAGUUGCCGUUUAAGAAUUACACCAUGAAUAUUCUAAAGUAGUUGAGGGAUUAAAGUGACAUUUAGCAUCCAAAAUAUGUGAACAAUGACCAGAGUAAAAGCAUGGUCGAGAAGCAAAUGUUCUGCAACUUCUCCAUAGGAUGCAUUCAACUUUUCACAUUUUUAAAAAAUAAAUAAAUGUCUUUACACUUUAAAAAUAUUGAAUCAUAUUUCACACACAAUAAAUUGUUUCUUUAAACAGUACUCUUUCACUAUGGAAAAUAUAUAUAUAUAUAUAUAUAUAUAUAUAUUAUUGCUUAAAAAAAAAAUUUCUGCCAAUAUACAAAUAUUUGUAUUUCUCCAGUGUCUGUUCAUGAUAACUGUUUCUUUAAUUGCAACAUAUGAUAGAAGCAAACUAUUGUAUUUAAAUGUCUUGCAGUCUAUGUAAAAUCUUGCAAGUUGACUUUAUUCAUGGACCUAGUCCGCAAAUAUACUUUGUAAGAUACACUAUUUAAUAUCCUGGCAGACUGCUUUGUGAAGUUGGUGUUUAGCACAUACACUAUACUGUACUUGCUGAAAACCCUCUAUAGUAGGCUACAGAGCAUUGUUGGUCAAAUCUGUAUAUUCCUCCCCCUACGUCCACUCUGUGUAGAUGUGUACAGCAGUAUUUGAUUAUCUAUACCACGUACAGUGGAUGGAUUUUACUUACCUCUUUACUCACCAAAGUUAUUUUUAAUUCCAUCUUCAUAGUAUUUUUUUCAUUUGCAUGAAAACUGUUAUGAGACAUACCUUUUUAAAUGCCUAAAUAAUUUAAUAACGGUUAAUAUAUGAUAUCAACUAUGUUCUAGACUCUCUUGAUUAAUAAGUAUAUCAGACGUGACCGUUUUAUCAUAGAUUUUGCUCUCCAGCACAUUGGCACUUGCAUGGGGUAAUAUAGAGAAGAUAAUGGUUUGGUUCAUAUGCUCUACUCCAUCCAAUUUCCCCCCCUACAGAUGCUGCAUUUAAAAUUCUUGAUCCUAGGACUGUUCCCAAGUUUUUCAGGUUAAACAGCAAUAACGCCAUUCUGGAAUUUCUCCUGCAGGUAACUUAUAGAUCAGUGUUUAAUAACAGCUUACACACUUUCCCAUCUUUGACUGGUAUUUAAUAUUAAAUGGCUUUAUUGACUUCAGGGAACUCCUGAAAUAAAGGAACAUUACAUUGACUCCAAGAAGGAUGUCGACCGUCACCUCAAGGCAGCUUGUGAGCAAUUCAUUCAGCAGCAGAGCAAAAUAUUUGUGGAACCUUUAGAAGAUUUCUUGGCAAAGGUAGAUUAUAUUCUGUAGCUUAUAUUUUCUUAUUCCGUUAUCAAGAAUGCUGUGAAAUCUUUGUGCUAAGACAAAUUUACAUCUCUGUACCCCAUGGGUCAUCAUUCCCACUUGCUAGUCACUUUCUUUGUAAGACAGGCCUGAGUUAAAUAUUGGGUGCUAUAGACCAGUUUUGAUGUAUAAAGGAGAUGUGCGCAAUUAGCAUAUGGAAGACUGGCUCUUAUACUACAAAAUGGUCAAUAUAACAAAAAGCUAAAAAAAUUAAUAUUAGAUAAUAUUUACCCUAUCUAAAUUAAUAUUAGUGUUCAACAUUAAAGGCCUAAUCCCCACCAAGCUAUACUGAGAACAUUUCUUCACCCCUUACAGACCCAGCUUCUGGAAUAAAAGGGAAUCAUGACAUGUCACGCAUGUCAUGUGUCCUUAAGGAGUUAAAGCAGAUCAGGGGAGCAAAGAGAGAUGGUCAGUUUAGUAAAAUUAAUACAUUUAUUUAACCAAGGAGGACUUGAUAAAUCAGUCACCGUGGUAUUGCAUUUGUGUGACUAUAUUUCCCACAACGACUCCUCUACCCUUUCAUAUAUUUUUCUGCUUUGGUAUAGGUGCUAUUUUAUCGGUAAGCAUGGGAAUGUCUCACUUAAUUGUUCUUUACCGAGAUAUUGAACAGUGAUCUAUAUGCUGCCAUUAAUAUAUUUUUUUAUUGAGGACACUUUGUUACCAGUAGAAUAUUUCUUACAAAAGCCCAGAAUUGGUCAGCAUUGUACACUGCAUGAGGGGAUUUUGCUUGUUGAUCACCUGUUGUUCUAUAGGUCACAGAGCUGUGCUGAGACAAUGGAUUCUCUUCUUGAUAAACAGCAUGUCUCCACAACAGUAAUACUGACUGACAUAUCAGAAGCACUAGGGAUGGUUACUGAUACAUGCAUCUAGAGGUGCCAAACGUUUAGCGGUCACUACACUUUUUGUUCUUUGCAUUGCAUGUGGAUAAUAACACCACAUGACAGAUUUGAAAAACGGCAAACCCAGGAUACACCCUUCCUGGUUUAAUGAAUUGAGAGUAUAGUUUCCAUUUUUCCAAUUUUUUUUUUCUCUUUGUUAAGCUGAGCAUGUGUGUGUUGGCUUCUGUGAGCACUAGGGGGCAGUAUGCUGCUUUACUCCGUGCAUGAUGAAAAGUUCUGGAUGGUAUGUAAAUAGAUUAUAUGCCAUUGCUAGCUUCCUUCAUUUGGCAGGAUGGUUUUGUUUGACCGACAUGUCAAGGGGCAGACAUACAGAGACCAGUUAAGCAUUUACAGGGUCCUGGGUCAAACAACGUGUCUUGCUUAUAUCUACUUUGCCUUCCAUCUCCUUCUCCCACUGUUGUUUCUAUAUGCCCCUUCCCUAUUUUUAAUUUUCCUUCCCAUUAUUCAACUUUCAAUCAUUUCUUCUGCUUCCUUAAUCCUUGGUGUGCCCUUACUGUUUUAUUCAGACUUUAAUACCCCCCUCUAUUGCCAUAUAACUGUCUCAGCUCAUUCUUACACAUAUCUUGUUAUAGGAGGUUAGGGAACGGGACAUAAAGAAUAGUAAUGGGUUAAAUAAUGAGGUAAUCAUUACUUUAUUUAACGGUCUCCUGCUCCAUCAUAUCACUGUCUCCCCACUAUGUAAGUUUCCAUUCACCAUAUCCUUCUUUGGGAUAUAUGGAACCAGGUGAUGAGGAAGCACAAGGGGGUAAAAUAAUGCGUUCAUUAUUUAUCCAUAUUCUGCUCCCAAUAGAUAUUGAUUUUCCCAUUUAUUUCCUAUAUCCGUAGUUGCUGUCAGCAUCCUGCAUUACAAUCCCCUUUAUUAUUUGUGAAAUGCUUGAAUAGUGCCAGGUCUGCAUCUGAGUGGGCAGAGAGACUUGGAGCCUGUCCCUUUCACCCUGAUUUCUAAGAAAAUAUAGCAAAAAUAUAGAAAUUGCUUGCACAAAAGUUAAUUAAAAAUGUUUGUUGCAUGUGGGGAACCAUUCCUUGGUCUUUAUGGCAAGACAGGAGGAGAAUAUUUGCUUAUCUUUUCUUACUGAAACUCCCAGCAGCAAAGAAAUAGUUAACAAUCAGUGUAAAAAAGUUUAACCAAUCAGCAUGCAUCAUAGAACUAUAAACUGCCAUCAGGCUCCUCCCAACUCCUCUUUCUUUGCUGCUUAGCCUUCCAGGUGAGUCUAUUCCAAUUUCACUCAUUGUUGUUCUUUUGUCAUAAUCAAUACCUUUUAUAAUAUAGAGUUUCUUGAUAUUUGUUCUUAUUUGGUCCACUUUAACCUAAAUAAUUUAAUGCUAUUUGGUCUUCUUUAUCUCUGUUUCAUAAAACCGUGUAGAUGGGCCGACCUUAACUGCCGGCCCACAGCUAUUUUCUUUUUCUGUAUAUCCCCAAAUACUCUGUGCCUACUAGCAGCUUUUUCUUUUUUUCGCGGCUCUUGGCAUCUCGCUGGACCGUUCAGCCGCUCCGUUUUCCUGCGCACUGUUCGUACUACCUUAUCACGUCUCCAUAGAGACGCUUCCCGCCUUCUCUGUUUGCAGCCUUUUUUGUAACCGCUUUCGCCCGCGCCAUCUUGUCCUGCAUACCUGGCAUGUAAUGUCCACCGAUCGUUUCGUCUCUUUACCGCGUUUGCGACCCAGCUACUAGGUAAGUAAAUAUCUCUGUUCUUGUAGUAGAGGAUCUAUCCAUACACAUUUAGGAGUUUACUCCUAUCUGAUGCAAAUCCUUUGUUUCUUUUUUGCAGAUCCCACAAAUAAAAACUACUGUACUAAAUCCUUGUACUAUUAACCUCUAUACGGUGACCCCCUACAUUGGUUACACAAGUCAUACCUGUCAUUGAUUCUGGACAUUUUGCUGUCCUUCUACAUUGGGUGAACUCCAUUGAUAAGAAGUGGGGUUCAUCCACAAUUGUUGUUUUCAGGAUAAUCCAUUUAUUCAUUAUUUUUUUAGCUAUAUCCUGUAUAAGUCCACUGCUGCUUCUUUUGUACAGUUAUUCUGCAUAAAUUAUAAAAUAUAAAAAAAAAAAAAAAUUGUGUUUCUUUAAAGUGGUGAUGCCACUGUUAUCUGUUACUACCAAUAUAUCUGAAAUUUUUUUGCCUGAACCCGCAGCCUCAGCUGAACUCACGGCAUGGAUGUACAACGCCAUCACUGACUCCAUACCCAAGGCUUUAGCGGCAUUCCGCAAGCAGACAGUGCUGGCCCCUAUGGCGAAUAUUACUCAAUUGUCAGACUGUGUAUUCCAAAGGUUCAGACCCUGACGAAACCCCUCGCAAAUGCCCUUGGAAGGGUAAUAGCGCUGCCGCCGGUAAAGGCAAAGCGCCUGCCAAAACCCAGAGAGUUUCCCAUUUUAAAUCUAGGGAAGCUGUCUUCCAACAUGAUUUUGAUCCACUUGAGGGUUCAACCUCUAUCAUCUUCAAGUUGUAGAUGAAUACUCUGUGGGGUACUUGGAUGAGGAUCUCUCUCUGUCCAAGUUUGCUAAAGAGUCCUUCCUCAUGUCACAAGAGGAAUUCCAUUUGGAGUCCGACCCUAUCACUGAUCCUAGUUCAGACAAUACCCUAUUAGAUACCACUGGCCGCACCUUAUUUGACCCUAGCUGUAUCGGGCACCCUAGAUCUGCCGAAUGGGCACCUCCAGACCACAUUGCCAAGUACUGCAGAAUGUGGCUCCACUGACCUUUAGAGAAGGAGGUGAGGGACAAAUUAAGGGCAGAUUGCCCAGGACCAUCAUCCCUAACAAGGUGGCAAUUACUCCCGAAUUUGAUCCCUUUUUUGUAACUUUUCUGAAUAAGUCGGGGAGAGACCCCCGUAAAGGUUUAAAACAAGGCCUGAAGGCCACUCAAUUUAAACGUAUGGAUGUUGAGGGCCCGCUCAUCCAGAUUUUCAUUAUUGCAGACUAGAUUUUGACAGGUGGCACUUUUGAUGCACAUAUGGUGUGAGAAUGGGCACAAAGGGCUUUAUGCCUCUUAAGCAAUGCUAAUGUUGCCAUCUCGACAGAACGGCGGAAGGCAAAAAAAUUGAUGCCAAGCUUCCUGAAUUAGGCAUUGAAGAGCUUGGUCCUAAGGCUCAAGGGAUGUUAUUUGGAGACAAGUUCAUAAAAGAACGAAGUAAACAUGUUUCCGUAUUUACUACGCUAACCAAAGCGCAGUCCUCCCAUCGCAAGGUAUUUCUCACGCAACGUUUUUCUGGGAGAGCUGGUCGCUACAGUGGCCGAGCGAUUGGCAAAGCCGCCUUCACGGGCUACAGGCCUCAACCAUUGGACACUUGGAACUCUGGCAAUACCCGUUACCACCACUGGCCUAUACGAGGAUGUGGAUAUGCUUCCCUCCGCGGUCGCACUGCUACAGGUAAUGGACCCUCCUUAUUCUCAUAUACCUAUUGCAGGUCUGUUAACCCUUUUUUCCCAACACUGGUCUCAAUUCACCGGGAUCACGAGGGAUCAUCCGAUACAAACCUUUCCCCCUAUCCCGAUCAAAAUGUUGCUGACAGACGAGUCGACUUAACGUAUCGAACGCGACAAAUUAUUCACCAAGGGUGCUAUCGAAAGAGUUUGCAGGCCACAUGUUUCAUAAGCAACAUUUUUCUGGUCAGGAAAAAAUCGGGAGACUUUCGACCUGUUAUCAAUAUGAGAGCUCUGAAUAGGUUCAUCACAUACAGACAUUUCUGUUACGAGACCUACUCUGCGAGGGAGAUUAGUUCUCCCGCUUUGAUUUAAAGGACGCACCAGCCCAUCGCUGCCUCCUUCAGUUUCGUUGGUAGCAGGAACUAUUGCAAUUCACCUGCCUUCCUUUCGGCCUACCUUCCGCACCCUGGUGCUUUACCAAGCUAAUGAAACGAUUAAUGGCAUUACUACGCUCCCAGGGAAUUUGGUCCAUCAUAUAUCUGGAUGAUAUCCUCCUCAUGGCACUUGACCAGAAGACUCUACACCUUCAUACGGUUAUGACCUUGGCUUUGUGAUCAAUCUCCAGAAAUCAUCUCUUGCCACGUCUCAGAUGGUGCAAUUCCUUGGAUUCCAGAUAGAUUCUGUUCAGGCAGUCCUACAACUUCCUACAACAAAAAUCAAAUCCAUCAAAAAGGACAUUCUGAGGUUGCUGGUGUCACCAUACCUCUGCCUGUGGGAUCUAGUCCGCAUCCUCGGCCUACUCUCUGCUUCAAUAUAGGCAAUAUUCCCUGCCCUGUAAUACUACCGAGCACUGCAAUGCCUAAAAACACGUUACUUGCAAUAGUCGACAUCUUACAAUCAGCAGAUCACACUCACAGAUGCGGUCUGGCUAGAACUCAACUGGUGGCUACAUCUUAUCGAAGCUUGGGACGGAGAGCCAUCUUCGGAUCGCAACCCGGUUUCAUUCUUGAGUCAGAUGCCAGCCUUCUCGGAUAGGGGGCAACUUGCUCUGAACAUUUUACUGGAGGACUCUGGUCCAAAUCGGAACAAGCACUUCAUAUCAAUUGCCUCAAACUAAUUGCAGGUUCCUUCGCAAUCCGUAAAUUUUGCCAAGGACGUCUACAAUUAUUCCUUGGUUCUGAAGAUGUGUCAGCGGUUGCUAUGUGAAUCGUCUAGGAGGUUCCAAAUCAAAGAUGCUGUCGAAAUAUCUCCCUUCGAGCGGAAUAUCUACCAGGUUUGACAACCUCAUCGCAGAUUGGUUUUCCCGACACUGGAAAGAUUCCAGCGAUUGGCAAUUGGACCCGCAAAUCUUUCACCGUCUGCAGAUCUGGCGGGACCAUUCAGCCUGGAACUGUUUGCAUCUCUCCUCAACCGUCCAACAGAUGCAUUUUUCAGCUGGCUGCCAAAUCUAGCAUGCCUUGCAGUCAAUGCCUUCCUAAAGACGUGGCCGAUGUCCGGAGCAUAUGCGUUCCCUCCAUUCUCCAUGAUCCUACUCACACUACAGUAUCUCAAAUUUCAAGGUGUGAAGAUAACUCUGGUGACCCCCACCUAUGGUGAGCCCAUCCAUGGUACCUUCUGGAAAUGUCAGUGGAAUUUCUCCUUCUACCCACCUCCUGCGAUGAUCUCAGGGACCUGGCAGGCAACUUUCAUCUGUUGGCACUUCAGGAUCAUCUCCGACUAGUGGCUUGGACCGUUUCAGUGGAUCCUGGAAUGUCUCAGACCUUUUGGCUACUGCUCAAGGACUCCUUUAGGACUCAUGGGCCCCAGGAACUAGACGCUCUUACCCCUCUGCAUGGCAUCGCUGGAGUUGCUGGUGUGUGGAAAGGGACAUUGAUCCCUUUUCAACAUCUCUAACUAAUAUUAUCAAUUUCCUGUCGUUUCUUCGAUCAGGGCAAAUCCUUCCAGUCUAUUAACGUGUUUCACUCCACUAUUUCUGCAGCUCACGUUCCUAUUGACAAUUCUUCAGUAGGCAAACAUUCUUCUGUGUGUAGACCCUUGCAUAGCAUCUUCAUCGCAAGGUCUCCAGCUCCUAAAUAUGAUAAAUUCUGUGAUGUGGCUCUCAGCAUUCUUAGAAUCUUGGCCAGAUAACGAAGCGCUCUCUCUACAGCAGCUGUCAGCCAAAUUAGCACUACUUCUCUGUUUGGUCUCAUUCCGGAGAGUCUCCGACAUCAGGGCUUUUGACUUUCAUGCCCUCGAUUUCACUCCGGAGGGGAUGAACCUCCAUAUCACUGCACUCACCAAGACCAAUUCAUCUACCGUGAGUUACACUUAUUUUCCGGAGAAAUCCCUCCUCUGUGUAGCCCGUUGCAUAAGACACUACAUCUCUUACACUAACCCUCUUAGGACACCUACUGGGCCCCUCAUUGUGUCUUAUGUACGACCACACAAGCCAAUGUCCUGCCCUACUAUUGCUUGGUGGAUUAAAUCGCUUCUAGCUCUAGAUGGCAUUGAUGCAUCUUUUGGGGCUCACUCUGUUAGAGGCGCUGCCGCUUCUUCUGUAUUUAUGGCUGGAGGCUUCUUGGCGGAGAUUUUAUCCUCCACUGAUUGGUCCAGAGAGUCUACUUUCCGUACUUUUUAUUUUAGGCAAUCUCCACGUUUCUCUAUCCAUGCUAUCUACGUGUUAAAACAACAAAUAUAAAGCCUCCUGUCUUGCCAUAAAAUUCGGGAUUAUUCUAACAUUUAGUGACCGAAUAAUCUAAAUUUUAUUAGACAGGAGGCAAAUAUUUUUCCACCCUGAAAUACUUAAUCCCACCCUUCUAGGUAAGUAUCUCACAGUGCCCCCAUUUCUAAAUUGGUGGCUAGUGUUCUCUUGGCUUGUCCUCCUUAUUUAACCUAUACUUGUCAUUUGAUUGGUAACUUCGUAUUUCUUGCAUUCAAUGUGAACAUUAGCUUCAUUGCAUUUUCAGUUUUGAUUUCUCUUGCCCAAGAGACCAUACUUUCAUGAUGUUUCUCGCUUUCCUUCUAGUGUGAACAUCUUUCGUCAUCCCUGUUUAAAGUUUCCUCCACCUGUUGAGCACUGUUUUCCUCCUACCUGAUCUUACAUCGUUAUCCUGUUCUACGUUUACAUGGUUGACUCUACAGCUGCUCGGCUACAUCAAGAAAGAGGAGUUGGCAGGAGCCUGAUGGCAGUUUAUAUUACUGUGAUGCAUGCUGAUUGGUCAAACGUUUUUACACUGAUUGUUAACUAUUUCUUUGCUGCUGGGAGUUUCAGUAAGGAAAGAUAAGCAAAUAUUCGCCUCCUGUCUUUAAUAAAAUUUAGAUUAUUUGAUCACUAAAUUUUAGAAUAAUCCCAAAUUGUUUUGCCUUUUCUGUCUGUAACAUGCUGUGUGUGGUGCAAAGUCAAUACUUGUCACCAUUCUGAGAGCCCUAUGCCUAUGGCGUUAAGCGUAAUGCCAGCGUUUUCUUUAGGGUAAUUAAUUUGCAAGGACUGGGAAACUGGUCAGGAUUGAGAACAAGAUAGAUGGACUGUUAAACAAAUUGUAAAAUCCUAAAAAAAUAUUUUAAUCCCAGGCUGUAAUUCUUCAAAAUGCAGCAACAUUCAAGGGGAGUUAAUAUUUUUGCAAUCAAUAUACCAUUUAUCAAUGGGAUGUGUGUAGGUUACAAUCAUGUUUUUGAAGCAUUCCAAGUCCGUGAUGUUUCAGAGAUGCUGUGAGUGUAAUAACACUGUCAGGAUUAUUUACAAAAAAUUGGAACUGUCCGUAUUUCAAAGGAAAUUUUAAAUUUAGUGCAAAAUAGCCGUACUGGAAACAUUCUCAAAAAUUCUUCUAGGCUUCCAGCUAUUUUGCUUUAAAGGUGUGUUUUAGGAAUCCACGAGUCCUUUAUAGUGUAUGCCACGAGCUGUGAGAUAUACUUGUUGCAAUAUUACAUGAUAUUAUUGCACCAGGAGAUGGAGAAAAGGUUUGGAUCACUGCUUAGCUCUAGUAUACUUUCCAUUUGGACUAGGGGUCACUGGUGCCCUUGAAUAUUACAAUUCUUGAGAAUGGACACCUUGCAGGCCCUCCACCAAAAGUAAAAUGCUUCCUAAACCAUUUGUUUUUGGGGAAUAGUUAGUUGUUCUACAAUGUCUUUGAACCUCUUCAUUGCUGUUUAAUGAUAGGUGUUUGUUUUAUUUCAUUUAGGUAGCUGCUUUGAAAACCAUGGCCAGCCAAGGAGGUCCAAAAUACAGUCUUCCACAGCAGCCUUGGGCACAACCUGGUAUGACUACACAAUGCAUCUCUUUUUCUGUGACCGUUUGUGACUUGGCAGGGAUCUGGUAUGUCUCUCCUUGUCCCAUUAGUGCAGUGUACAUUUUUUUUUACAUUAUUUCAGAUGAACAAAUCUAAACCAAUUAAUCAGUUAAUGUUGAAGUUCAAGCGGAGGUGGCUUCAUACAUGCAGCUGGAAAUAAAUCUAAUACACUUAAUCAUUAGAUGAUAGAAGUAAAUAUUACAAGGACCGUAAAAACUAUAUAUCUGCAUUAUGCUUGCACUAUAAUGGUUUUAAAGACCUACCAGGAGGUCAAACAAGAACUGAAGUGGUCUUUUUAAUUGUCGUUUUCUUGUUUGUGUUUGUUCUGCAGCAAAGAUUAAUGACCUGCUAUCUUCCACGUAUAAGACCAUGAAAACAAAACUGCCACUGACACUACGCAGUAUGUCAUUGUAUCUAGCUAACAAAGAUACAGAGUUCAUCCUCUUUAAGCCAGUCAGAGUGAGUAUUGAUAUCCAAAUAUAGUGAUGGCCAAAAUGGUAUGCAUGAGGAAUAAUCUUAUUUUAUUGUAAUUCGACGUUUCAAAGUGGCACCUCAAGCUUGCAUGCUGACAAAAACUUUGGAUCUUUUAGUUUGGUUUUAUUGCAUUCUAGUUGAUAAGUGAAUAUAAGAGGGAGGACAGGCUUUGCCCCUCUCACUGCUACUCACACUCAAAACCGUGUGCAUAUGUACAAUAUAGCCUCAAGGACUUUCCUUCAUGUCAGUAGAAACCUAGUGUAUAGGAAAUAAAGGAUUAGCUGAGAUACCAUGUCUUUCUGUUAAAGAUGGACUUCAUUGAAGGAACGUCUGUAUUCUCACCAAUUCUUUGACCAAUUAAAUCUAAUUUUAUUGGCUGUAUUAGUUGUCACAUUUGAGCAAUGAAAACUGGUACUUUUGCUCCUUCUUGGUAUGUAGAAAAAAGGAGGUAUGUUGUCCAUAACACAACCUGGAGAAACCAUCCUAAACAGGCACUGCAGAGGAGCAAUAAGUGAGACUGGACUGGAUACAUACCAGACAGACUGAAGGUCACACAUGAAUGCUACAUAGAUAAAUGGCUUAUGCAAUGAUGGGGAAGGAUACAGUACAUAAUAAAGGUUGAUAGAGUAUAUUGUGCAUAUGGGGAGAGGAGAGGAACAAUGUGAUAAGGAAGAGGAGGAGGAGGAGGCUGCAGUGUGCUCUUCCAAUCACUGCCUUCCACGUUGGAUGGAACGGUUAUUCACAAUAGGAAAGUAUAAGUUCAGUGUGGUUCCGGAGUGCCAGGAAUAGUGUUUUUACCAAACUGUUUGAUAAAGAACCAGGGAAUAGUGCUCAGAGGCUCUAGGCAACACAACCACUAUACUAAACAGAAGUCGUUAUGCUGUGAAUAGGGUCCCUUUCAGAAUAAUUAAAUGAGGGGAGAGAGGCUCAAAUAAAAGUAGACUAUGUAAAGAAUUUAAUGUAUGAAAUAACAAUGGGAACAAAUGAGAUUGAGUAAGGGGCUAGAGGAUGUUCGAUUAUUGAAUGAAGUGGAGAUCUGAAUUAAGCAGAAUGGGAAGUUAAAUAAGACUUUAUUUGUCCUCUGCUUCUUCAUUCGAAGUAUACAAAAAUACAUCGAACAUAUGGAAAUAUUAUCUAAAAAUAUAAUAUAUGCAAAAAUAGAGGUAUUCACCUUGGAAAUUUUAAUCUCCGGUCUCCUCUAAUCCUGCUUACUCCAGCAGAAAGAGGUUAGUGGCUGAAUAAAUUCAGCUACUCCGUACUUUCCCAUGCAGACUUCUCCUUUCCCAGAAGCACUGUGCAUGUACGCACCAACAUAAUGCACAUGGGUGCAAUGCUUAUACUACUUUUAUCGGACCUGGUCACACAGAUCGUUAGUCCGACAAAAUUCAGAUAAAGACUUUGAUGUUUGACAAAAGUUGAAACUGCUGAUAUAAAGCGGCACUGUCAUGCCGAACUUACCUUUCUUUAAUCAAUUCCUCUUCUCUCCCUCUGUCAGGAUCUUUUCUUCAUUUCUUCCUGUCUGCUCUAGUUUUCUUUAAAACAUAAGACAAAGUAGGGACUAUUUGUCUUAUGGAGGUUUCCUACGCCUGACCAACGGAGGAGCAAAGUGUGCUUCGUUUCCGAUAAUCAAAGCAAUUUUCCCACAAUUCCCACCUUUGAUCCGCGAUGCUUCCUGUCAGUAUUCCCGAACGUCCUGUCACUUAGACAGAACGCCAGCUAAACUACUGGAUUUUGUCCUAACAGAAAGAGAACAGUUUCUCCCUUCGUGUUAGGAUGCAAUUCGGGACUUUGUUCGGAUCGGAAUUUCAUUCUAAUGAACGAAAUUCCGAUCGGAUUCUUGCCGCGUAUUUUGCAGCCGCUUAGUAGAUAACUCACUAAUUCCCACGGUAUCAGGGCGCUAUCUACCAAAAGGCUAAGAGACCUAAAUUGGUCUUUCAGACAAAUUUAUUAAUACUAAGUUAAGCUUACUUAGUAUUAGUAAGUUCUGCCCCUACUCGCCAUACAGCCAGUGCUCACUGUUAAUAAAAAAAACAAAAAAAACAAACACCCUAGUGUCCCCCCGCCCGAGCGGGCUAUUAAACUGUGAACGGGGGACCUAUUGCUCUCACCCCUGAGCGUUCUGUCUAAGUGACAGGACGUUCGGGAAUACUGACAGAAAGCAUUGCAAGAUCAUGGAUCAAAAGGGAGAAUUGUGGGAAAAUUGCUUUGAUCACCGGAAACGAAGCACACUUUGCUACUCCUUUGGUCAGAGAUGGUCAGGUGUAGGAAACCUCCAUAAGACAAAUACUCCCUACUUUGUCUUAUGUUUUAAAGAAAACUAGAGCAGACAGGAAGAAAUGAAGAAUAGAUCCUGAGAGAGGGGGAGAAGAGGAAUCGAAUAAAGAAAGGUAAGCUCAGCAAUGACUGUGCCGCUUUAAGUCAUGAAAGCUUUUGGUUAAAAAUAAAAUAAAAAGAAAUUGCUUCUGUAGUAUUGCAAACAGCACUAGUUUUUUGUUUAUUUUUACUUUUUGCAAUAAGUGGACUAGUGUGUAUUGUGCUCAGUGUGAAAACUGUUGUUACCAUGUGAAUUUCUUGAAAAUGCUUUUACACCUUGGUCGGUAAAAUGUUGUGUACUUUGAUACAAGCAGAGAUAACUAUAUCCCUUGAAAUAACUCAUCAUGCUCCCCGUGCAUCAUAUUCACAUCUUCAGUCUGUUAAGCUGUCACUGGAAAACAUGCAUUGUAUAAUAUGCAGUGUGUACAAUAAUGGAACAUGUCCUCCCAUUUUUCUAAUCUUCCACUGAGCAAACAAAACACAUCUUCCUAUGACUUCUGCACCAAUUAAAAUGUAAAAAUACACAAUGUUAGCAGCCAGUAAGAUGUCCUCAUUUGUAUAUUGUUCAAUAUUACUAAAAUAAAGAGUUUUAAGCAAGUAAGGGAGGAACAAUGACAUUAAAAGCAUUGUAUGGUGCGGUUAAUAUGCAGACAUGGUAUUGGUAAUCUGCAUAGAGCAAAUGAUGUGAUCUGGGCAUCACGUGUUUGGGUAAAAAGGCAUUAUUCUAGUGACAUAUGUUAAUAGUGAUAACUUGUGUUUUGGUGCAGCUCGUUUACAAAGGAUACCUUUUUUUUUUUUUCAUCUUUUUGUCUUAGAGUAAUAUUCAACAAAUUUUCCAGAAAGUCCACAUGUUGCUGAAAGAAGAAUUCGGUAGUGAAGAUUUGCAGAUCAUAGCUUGCCCUUCAAUGGAACAGGUGCAGUAAACUGGCUAUACUUUCAGUGCAAGGCCGUCUGGUAUGGGAGUAACAUUCUGGUCACUUUCGUGGUUUGGUCUGCAAGUCCGUCAUGUGUUUUCAAGUCUUCACCUUGAUUGUGCACUGCUAUUAAUUUGUGAAUAUCUUCAGGUGGCGAUCAUUGCUAUUUUAUCUAUUAACAUGCAUUUUCUACUUUAUACUGUAAUGAGAUGAUUAAGCUAAUGACUUAUUAUAUAAAUUAUAUAUUGCGCUACCUAUACCAUAGAUAUUUUUAAACAGUUGGUAAGUAGGCUGUGUAUCAUGCACAUCUGAGGCACUAUAUUAAAAGGUUAAUUGUACAAUAAGAAUAGUGCUAGGAGGGCUAUUUUUUUUUUUUUUUUGUUGCUAUUUAUUUAUUUUUGGUGGCUUCAUGGGGCCAGAGUCACCACACCACCAUAGAGGAAUAUCACGGUGUACUCUACCAUUACCAUGCCCUUUUUUUGGUAAGUUGGGUGUGACUUGCAAGCUCAAUAAAAGAAAAUUAAAAAAUACUGCCAUUAAUUAGAACAUGACUAUGUCCACGUCCCAAUUGCAAUAAAUGGUAUAUAAAAAAUUAGACGCCACUCUAUAAUGGAGAAGAUGAUUUUCAGCAAAAUGUGGGAAUGGGUGGUGCUUCUUCAGUCACUUUAUGCCAUUUCCACAAGCUGCAGUGGUCUUGCAGGAUCUUCUUCACUGGGUGAAAUUCCAUAAAUAAACACAUUUCCUUGGCAGAGGGAUCUAACUGGAAAAAAAAACAUCUUUGCUUUCACUUUAAAGGGUUACUCCAUCCGAAAACAGUGUUUUAAGUAAACAAUUCCUAUACAGGCUCCUCCCCAUAAAAAUGAAAAAUAAUAUAGCUAAAACUUGCCUUAAAGGAGCACUAUCGUGCCAGGAAAACAAACUUUUUCCUGGCACUAUAGGGUUAUUAGGUCCCCCCUCCCGCUGGGCUGAAGGGGUUGAAACCCCUUCAGCCACUUAAAACCCCUUCAGCCACUUACCUUAAUCAGGUGCUGGGCUCCCUCGUCGCUGGUGACCUCUCCUCCCCUUGCUGAUGUCUGCUCCGAAUGUGCGUCCAGAGCCAUGCGCACAUUCAAACUGCACAUAGGAAAGCAUUACUCAAUGCUUUCCUAUGGACGUCCAGCGUGUCCUCAAAGCAGUUGCGGAAGCGUCCUCUAGUGGCUGUCAGGGAGACAGCCAUGAGAGGCUGGAUUAACCCUUAAUGUAAACAUAGCACUUUCUCUGAAACUGCUACGUUUACAGCCGCAGGGUUAAAACUAUGGGGACCUGGCACCCAGACCACUUCAUUGAGCUGAAGUGGUCUGGGUGACUAUAGUGGUCCUUUAAUUCUAACACCAAAGCCAAGUUCUCCUUAGCUGAUGUCACUUCACCUUACUGGAGAGGGAUAGAGGUUAGGGACAGCAGGCUGUGAGGAGAACUUGGGUGGAAUGGACAGGGGCCAGGGCUUGCAUCACGUCAUUUUUGCACAGAAUAUACAUUAGCCGGCUAAUGGUGCCUCAAUUACCUGCCCAGAAGUGGAGUUACACCUCUGUCAAGAUGCUGCACAUACAUACACCAGACACAAUGACCACUUCAGAUCAGGGAUAUGGCCCUGGUGUUUGGAGUAACCCUUUUAUUGACUUUCUUUCCCAGGAUUUAGUUAAUCUUAUACUGAUAGGAGAUCCUUGUCCUAAUGGAUAUAUAGUCGAGCAGCAAUGGUACUGACCUUGCACUAGUCCAUACAAACCGAACAUCUGAUGUACAUGGAAAUAUAAUAAAUAUGGCCUUCAUGUUGCCAGAGUCCUUUAUAUCUUUGAAAUACUAUUCUUGUCCGUAAUAAGAGGAGGUUUAAGGAGUUGUCUUUGUAUCUCGAAAUAGGAUCUCACACUUCUCUCUCUCUCUUUUUUUAUACCAGGUGAAUUUGCUGUUAUCUAUAUCUAAGUAG